CCCCGCCCCGCCGCUGCUCUGCUCGCCCGCCCGAUCGCCUCGCUAGCUGGCUGGCUGGCUGGCGCUCCCCAGCCGGAGACGGGCAGGAGGACGGACGCGCAUCCGAGGGGCCGGGCCGGAGAGGAUCGGCUGGCGGCGUCGGGCGGCCGCGCUGCUCCCUCCCCUAUUGUCUCGGCUCGGCCCGGGACUGGCCCGGGCUGCCGCCGCCGCCGCCGGGGCACAUCAGGAUCGCGGCGCCAUGGUGGUAAGUGAAGGCGCCUUUCUCUCUCUCUGGCUGGGGUGGGGGGUAGGUGGGGGGAGGGGGAAGAGGAGAUGUGGGGCGGGCUUAGGGGGCGCCUUCUCUGCCUCUCGCGCGGCAUGCACCUGUUACCAUCGAAACCCACAUCGGGCGCCCCUAGGAACACACCACCGCGCCCCGUCACUCUCCUCGCCGGGGCGGGGUGGAAAGAGAGGUGAAAUUGGGAGCCCCCCCCCCCGCCCCAUCAGAUUUCAGCAAAAGGCAGAACGGGGAAAAGUCAGAUGAAAACCCCUUAUUUUUCUUCCGAUAGCUUCCUCUCCGCCUCACCCCCCCUCCCGUGGCAUUUUUUUGGGGGGGAGUGGGAACCCGUCCCUCCCUCAAGUCCUGAAACUCGGGGAGAUCUAGGUCAAGGGAGCGCUUUGGAUGCCCCCUGCCAACCCAUCAGCGCCGUGGCGCAAGGGGGAAGAUUCCUCUGCCCUAGAGAGCAACCGCAAUAAUUCACCAAGACAGCCGACCCACUCUCCUCCCCACCCACCCCCCACGCGUCGCCACCACUUUCUCCCCAUCAUUAGGAGUUGUGCCUCAUCCAUUGUAAUUAGAACAUCACACACACACAAAUGCACUCCACAACUUCCCCCAAAUAAUUAGGAGGCUGUUCUCUGCUUCACUCAACAUCAACUGUUGGGAGUGCAGCAGCAGCAGCAGCGUUGCUAGGCCCCGGCAGCUGGAUUUGCAGCAAAACCUCAGAAACAAAAGGUGAAAAGCCAAUGUCAGGAAGCAGGCAAUUAAGACUAGAAUUGGGUGAUUAGGAGCACUGGCUACUGUAGCCUGGCGAGGGAUCUAUGAUGCUGUCCACAAUUUACAGUGUGUUGGAGCAGCUACUUUCUGCCAUUGUCUUUCUGGACAGUGGGAAAGAAUUCCCUGUGAUAAAGGUUGACCAGAAGCACCAUUAACAGACUGGCUCAUUGGUAGGCACAGUGGGGGACGGACGGACACUGAUAUACAGAGCCUUGAUCUGCUCAAUUCUGAAAGAAAUCCUGAAAAACAAAAAUCACCUCUGUUCCACUUACCAGUGUCUUUGUGGUGUUUGUCUGUUACAGCUCCAAGCGGUUUUGCACCAGACUAACAGAGGCAUUGAGUGGAGAUGGAUGGUGCUUUCCUUUGCUUAAAAGGAAUUGGAACUGUCUACAGAGAGGCUUGGCUUCCCAUGCUGUCUCUCUGUGGUCAAACAGGUCUUGCAGGGUUUUGAAAUGAUGCAGAACCCUGCAGAACCUGUUUUGCUGGAGGCGAAAGUAGGGUUGAGUGUACAUGCACCCGUGAGCGACAGUCUUUUUCUCCCAGAUUGCCUUCAAAUGCUCCGAGCCAGAUUCCUUUAAGAUGGGGAACCUGUAAGCUUUCAGGUGCUGUUGGAUCACAACUCCUGCCAUUCUUGCACAUCAGCCGCGCUAGCUGGGGCUGAUGGGAGCUGGAGUUCAACAGCGACUGCAGGGCCACAAGUUCGCCGUCUCUGCUUCAAGUUGAAGAAUAGCCAGUGUUUUUAUGCAAGGCUUGACAUUACCAUUCCCUCCAGGUUCUGCCAGCUUACCUCCCCCCCUCCCCAUCACUCCCUUAGCUUCACUUUCCCCUUAAUCCCUUUAGUAAGACGUAGGAUUUUUAUUGACGGAUUGAUAAAUAGGAAGUUGUAAAAACAAAAUGAAAACAAAUCAUGUUUCCACAUUUGCUCCAGGAACAGCUGCAACGAAACAAACCCAUGUUGCAUAUGUGCAAAGAGAAAAAUGCAAAUGUGUGUGAAAAGUCAGUACACCUUGGUGCCUUUUCUGCUAGGUGGGGUGGACAAAGGCAGCAAGAGGGAAAGUGGGUGCAGGGUGGCCAGGAGAGGGGAGGAAGGUUUGCUUGAGUCGUAUGUGGUAGCUAGUAUAGCUAUGUGUUGAAUGCAAUUGUUUGCAUUUAUUUUGAGCUAUACGAUCAGUAGAACAGAUGCUUUUGGUGGCCCUGCCACUGCCACCGGCUCCUGCCCAGUUGGCAUUGACUCAUGAGAGGGCCUUCUUGGUGGUGUGCCCCAUCUAUGGAUGUCUUCUCUGGUGCGGUGGGUCUGUCUCCCUCAUUCAGGAGGAAUUUAAAGACAUUCCUGUUCACCCAAGCAUCGGAUAGCUGAAAUAUGCUGUUCCUGGCAACCUUGAAAGGCUUAGCUGUGGGGAUAUGUAACUGUUUUUAGAGGUUUUAAAUAUUUCAUAAGUUUUUUAUUUAUUUUACUUUUAAUUGCUUGGCCGUUUGUUGCCUUGGGCUCCCUCGGGAGGAAGGGCGGGUUAUAAAUUUAAUAAAUAACAACAAGUGUGCUUUGCAAUUAUAUAUUGCCUGCCUUUCAUUACACAAUUCCGGGUUGCAACAUAAUUAACAACGAUCAUUCAAAAACAAUUAAGGGCAGAUGAAAAGACAUGGUUUAAAAUUCACAUCACAGUUCAGUCCAAAUGUAGCUAACAUCCCAUUAAUGAAGUGGAGGUCAUAUCUGGGUUAGCGCCACAGAGGUGGGUGCUCACAUUUUACUUCCCUGAUUCUCUUAUUUCUGGACCACCAGGGGCCACAGAUUCUGGACCACCAGGGGCCAUUUAAAAAACAUUUAAAGCUCAUGACUUACUCUCAAAGAAUCCCAGGAACUGUCUGCUAAGGAUCCUGGGUAUUGUAGUUCUGUGAGGAUGAAACUAUAGCUCCCAGAAUUCCUUGGGGGGGUUAAGUGAAGUGUUUUAAAUGUGCACCAAAUGUGCUUUAAAUAUAUGGUGUUGAUCUGCUCUGUGUGGUCCACAAGCUGGAGAUACUCAGAAGAGGUCAGCGCUGACUUGCUAUCUUGGCCGCUGGAACAUAUAGCUUGAAUUCUGCAAGCUUUCCAAAGUCAAGACUGAUGGGAAAGUGUGAAAGAAAAGCAGAACCUCACACUGUGUGUGGUUUUGCUCCUAUCUGCGGGCCUCUGUUAAGGGCCUCUGUUAACGCAAUUCUACGUCAGGAGUCUUGAGUGUCAAAGUUUAUCUCUGCUUUUGCAGAAAUGGGUGUCUUUGGUUGCAAUGUGUACCAGAGUCAGGCUUUCCAGUAAUGUGAAAGGGACUGUUUUCUUUCUCUUGUCUCCUGUUUUGCAAGAGAAAUGCACAAAUAACAAACUAUUCCCCACUUUUCUAGAGAUCAGGAUGCCUUGGGCCAUCUGCAUGAAAAAUUUCAGCUUUGUAGCUAGUGUGGACUUGCUGUAACCAUUUCAGGGCAGGCAUUAUGUCACCCAUUUUGAAAGAAAGAUGCACAAAUUCCUCCCUUCUCAGUCCUAUUGUUUGAUUGUCCCCUAAUGAUUUAUAUGUCAUCUAGUAGUUUCUGGCACUUUCUAGUUAUCAGGGGACCUUGGCUUACAUCUGUGCCAAAUCUCUGGUUUCUUAGUAGCAUUGAUGUAUCGUAACAGUGGUCUUCUUCUUCUUCUUUGGCGAUCAUUCGUAGCUGAGUAAGAUUGUCAUCCAUAAACACGGUUUUAGCAAUGAGUCCGUAAGUGACUGUGGAGCCCAGUUCACGAAUGGCACUACAAGAGGGACCGGCAACAAAAUGUUGCAGUGCUCCUUUUUUGUUCCAGCAAGCCAGCUAGGCCCCACCUACUCCUCUUCUGAUAUUUAUUGUUAAAGAAAAUCCAUAUACCACUUGAUUGUAAGAAAACCUCUAAGCAACUUACGAAAGCAUGAAAUAAAACAUUAAAAUUGUUGAUUAAAGUGGUUAGAAACAGGUAUUUGAAAAUAUUCAAAAGUUGGUUAAACGGCCUCGGCCCAGAAUACCUGAAGAAGUGUCUCCACCCCCAUUGUCCAGCCCGGACACUGAGGUCCAGCGCCAAGGUCCUUCUGGCGGUUCCCUCGCUGUGAGAAGCUAAGUUACAGUGAACCGGGCAGAGGGCCUUCUCGCUAGUGGCACCCACCCUGUGGAAUGCCCUCCUUUCAGAUGUCAAGGAGAUAAAGAACUACACAACUUUUAGAAGACAUCUGAAGGCAGCCCUGUUUAGGGAGGUUUGUAAUGUUUGAUGUUUCAUUAUGUUUUAUAUGUACUGUAAGCCGCCAAAUGGGCGGGGUAUAAAUAUAAUCAUCAUCAUCAUCAUCAUCAUCAUCAUAAAAAGAAAUAAAAGCAGAUAUAACUUCUACCUGUCUGGAUAGGCUUGCCUAAACAAAAUUUUUUUAAGCAGGUGCCUAAAAGAGAACACUGAAGGUUCCUGCCUGGUAAAAAAGAAGCGAUAUAGAUGCAAUAAUUAAACAAAAUUUGCCAGUCUGUGUUCCCUUUUAACUGGAGAAACUAGCUUGCCAUAGGGUCAGCCCCUUGGCUUGUCACUGAGGCAAAAAAAAAACCUGCUUGUGAGUUUGAGAUACAGAAAGAUUUUUGAAAACUGCUGAAUAGGCCAGUUUUGGUAUUAAGUGCAGAGCUAAGUCAGAGGUACUUCCCCUGAAACGCACGCCAGAGGGGAAAAAUAGCUUGGGAGGAAGUUUCUGCUUGAUUUCCUGGAGACAGCGGUAGCUUUUCUUGAUCUGUUGCUGUUAAUUUAGGGCUGUGGGAGGAAGGCAGAUGAGGGUCAAGGGAAGUCACCAUGUCUUAGGCAAGUGUGGGAUUUCAGUGGGGGAGCCUCCCGGAAAAAACUCCGUUUUCAUAUCAGGCAUUGGGACUUCUUGUUCCUAGUUUCCAGAUAACACUGAAAUCUCACUGGGAACACAAGCCUUUGCUACAAAUUGGAAUGAACACUUUUUAAAGUGUGCAGGAGGCGCUCCAGAAACAGACAUCUGUAGGAAAAUGCACUAAAAUUCUACAAACAGGGAAUCCUCAAUUCUUUCUUUGUAUUGAUUAAAAAAUGUAACCCAUCUUGCCCCCUUACAACGCACCCAACCAUCGCAUUAAAUGUAAAGGUAAAGGGACCCCUGACCAUUGGGGUUGUGGUGCUCAUCUCGCUUUAUUGGCCGAGGGAGCCGGCGUACAGCUUCCGGGUCACCUGGCCAGCAUGACUACCAGAGCAGCGCACGGUAACGCCGUUUACCUUCCUGCCGGAGCGGUACCUAUUUAUCUACUUGCACUUUGACGUGCUUUCAAACUGCUAGGUUGGCAGGAGCAGGGGCUGAGCAACAGGAGCUCACCCCGUUGCGGGGAUUCGAACCGCCGACCUUCUGAUCGGCAAGUCCUAGGCUCUGUGGUUUAACCCACAGCGCCACCCGCGUCCCAACCAUCGCAUUACAAUAUGAAUAAUUAUCCUUGUGGUUUAUCUAUAUGACCCAAAGCCCCCAUUUGGAAGCAUCCUAGGUGCCAAUGAAAGGAUUCUAGAUUAUCCUUUCCCCUGAACCUGUAGCCUACCAGGUGUCAGACUACAACUCCCAUCUUCCCUGACCACUCCUCAUGGUGGCUGGUGCUAGUGGGAAUUGUAGUUUAAGGUUACCCACCUUGUCUUAAAUGAUAGUUUUCUAUUUGUAGGCAUCAUAUAAGGCCCCUUCCCUCCACUGCAGACUAAAGUGGUAUAACUGAGACACAGGUUUAUAGCCUUAUUGACAUUAAGCCAAAGUAUGGAAGAGUAUUUGAAAGUUAUUUAAUGACUGCCUGUACUAAUAUGAAGCUUUGUGGGUCUUGAGAACCAUGCAUCAUGGUAUGUUAGACUGGCAGAUGAGAAAAUGAGACUUUUUUGGUGUGGUGGCCCCAUAUUUGUCUAACUCCCUUACUUGGGAGACCGGGGAUGGGAAUAAGAUUGAUUCACUGGCAAAAUAUACCGAUAAUAAUAUGCAAACCAAACACAGCCGCCCUCCAAAACCGACAUGCCUCUGAAUUUUACAAAGCAGCUUGUCAACCAAAAAAAUUACAGAAAUGUGAACAUUAGGGUAAAGUGUGCAUAUACAUGCUUAUAUUAGUAAAAAUAGCAUACAAAGUGCAUUUUAGGGGAAAUUCCUUUGCAAAAUGUGUGCAUUAGGCAGAAUUGCAUAAUUUUCUUUAUGUUGAUCUUGUUCUGUGAACUGCCCUGAGACCUCCGGGUAUAGGGCGGUAUUCAAUCAAUAAUAAUAGUAGUAGUAGAAGAAGAAGAAUAAGAAUAAAUCCUUACUAAAAUGCUGGUGAAUUUUCAUGAGAAUUAAAAAACAACAACCCUGCAAACUGAUGUGGAAAUAUGAGAAGCCAACGUAAGGCUGGAAAAAUGAGAAUUUAAGAGAAACCCCAAACAGAUCAACCUAGCCUUAGCUGAUACUUCUUCUGCUUUCAGAAAACCUUUUUUUAUUUCAAGCUGCUUUAAAAUACGUAGUGCUCUGCAUUAUUUCAACUACUUUUGUUUCUUAAUUUAUUUAUUUUUGUGAUUUUGUUUUUUAACGAUUUGUGUUUUGUUGUGCUGAUGUCUGCCUUGUGGACCCAGAAAGUGGCAUCAAAAUCUUUGAAAUAGUGAACUGAGUGAGUGGCUGGAAAGGUGCAUUCUUACCCAUAUUGUGCAGAGCUAAUGAUGAUUGUCUACAUGGGGGUGUUCAUUCUACCAGCCAUGUGCUAGACUCUCUACUAUGAUCAGCUGUUGCAAGCCAUCCACGCAGCCCUUCUGCCAUGGGAAUCUGUGAACGUGCCCUCCUGUUGCCUGUGAGCGUUUCAAUCUGGCAAGAGACUCUUUCCACACAAAGCUCAAUCCUUAAUGGCGUUAUAUGAACCUAUUCAGGACAGAGAAAAGAAAGCGCUUCUUCCCAUAGUUCAUAGUAAAACUAUGGAAUUUGCUCAUACAAGGGGCAGUCGUGACCACCACGUCAGAUAGCUUUAAAGAAGAAGUAGACAAAUUCAUGACCUGGGUAAGAUAGUGCAGUUGGUUAGAGCAUGGUUCUGAUAACAACAAGGUUGCUGGUUCAGUCCCUGUGUGGGACAGCUGCAUAGUCUAGUGGGUUGGAUUUGAUGGGGAUUAUUAUUAUUUAUUGAAUUUAUAUACAGUGAUACCUCGGGUUACAUACGCUUCAGGUUACAUACACUUCAGGUUACAGACUCCGCUAACCCAGAAAUAGUACCUCGGGUUAAGAACUUUGCUUCAGGGUGAGAACAGAAAUCGUGCUCCAGCGGCGCGACGGCAGCAGGAGGCCCCAUUAGCUAAAGUGGUGCUUCUGGUUAAGAACAGUUUCAGGUUAAGAACGGACCUCUGGAACGAAUUAAGUGCUUAACCCGAGGUACCACUGUACUGCCCUAUAUCCGGAGGUCUCAGGGCGGUUCACAGACAAAGAUCAACUUAAAAACCACAAUUAUAUAGUCAAAAUAAAAACAGCAACCCAAUAACACGCCCCCCUCUAAAAAAGAACAACCUUUUAAAAUGGCAUAGGAUGUAAAUCAGAUCAACCAAAGGCCUGGUUAAAAAGGAACGUUUUUGCCUGGCGCCUAAAGGUGUAUAAUGAAGGCGCCAGGUGAACUUCCCUGGGGAGAGCAGUCUGCCUAUGGGGAGCCACUGCAGAGAAGGACCAUUCUCAUGUUGCCACCCUCCAGACCUCUCGAGAAGGAGGCACACGAAGGAGGGCCUCAGAAGAUGAUCUCAGAGUCCGGGUAGGUUCAUAUGGAAAGAGGCGGUCCUUGAGGUAUAGCGGUCCUGAUCCUCAGGGUCCCUUCCAACUCUACAGUUCUAUGAUUCUAUGAAGGAUUAUAAGGCUACCUGGAAGCAGUUUGCUUCUGAAUGCGAGUUGCUGGAAAUCAUAGGAGAGGAGAAUGCUGUUGCUCUCAGGUCCUGCCUGUGGACUUUCCAAAGGCAUCUGGUUGGUCAUUGUGAAGAUGCUGAAUUAGAUGGACCACUAGCCUGAGCAGGAUGCUGAAGUAGCUGAGCCACUGCAGGCCUGUUCCUGCAGCCUGUUCUUAUGUUCUUAAGUCCUUGCUAUUCAGGGGAGAGGGUCAAACAUUACACCACCAGUGCACAUCAUGGGUCAUAUGCCUUUACAAAAUGUCUGGAUCAACUAGGGAUGCAGGUGGCGCUGUAGUCUAAACCACUGAGCCUCUUGGACUUGCUGAUCAAAAGGUUGGCGGUUUGAAUCCCCACAAUGGGGUGAGCUCCCGUUGCUCUGUCCCAGCUCCUGCCAGCCUAGCAGUUCGAAAGCACACCAGUGCAAGUAGAUAAAUAGGUACCGUUGCAGUGGGAAGGUAAACUGUGUUUUCAUGCGCUCUGGUUUUCGUCACGGUGUUCCGUUGUGCCAGAAGCGGUUUAGUCAUGCUGACCACAUGACCCAGAAAGCUGUCUCUGGACAAACGGCUCCCUCGGCCUGAAAGCGAGAUGAGUGCCACAAUCCCAUAGUCGCCUUUGACUGGACUUAACCAUCCUGGGGUCCUUUACCCUUUUUUACCUUACCUAGAUGGAUUCUGCUUCGCGUACGGCAGAGGGAAGGCAUUCCAGAUUUCUGGAGCAAUGGCAGACAAUGCCUGCAUUUGGAUGGCCCACCCUGUGGUUUUCUGUAAGGGCUGAUGGCAGUCUACUCAUAAGUAUUCCUGGGAGGGAUGGUUUUUGGAGAAGAGGGCAUGGCUCAGUGGCAGAGCAUCCACUUUGCAUGAAGAAGGUCUUGGGUCCAAUUCCUGGUAUCUCCAGGUAGGGCUUGGAAAGGCAUCCUGCCCAAAACCCUGGAGAGCAGCUGGUGCUACCGGUCAGCAUAGACAAUAUUGAGCCUGAUGGGUGCAUGGCUUGGUACAAGGCUUGGUAGAAGGCAGCUUCCCAUGUUCCAGAUGAGGGUUAAUCAGAGAGGGAGUUUCCCAGCAGAUCUUUGUAGGGAAGAGGAAAUAGAGAAGUAGAGGGGGUCCUGGGGCAAGGAGCAUGAGUGGAGGAAAGGGAAAAAGCGUCUCAGCUGAUCAUUCAUCCCAGCGCACAACAGCGUUCCUCCUGUUGUAGCAUGCAUCAGCCAAAAGCAUCCUCCACAGUGCGCACUCGGGUAUUUCCUCACCACAAGUCACAAGGGCAGCUCAGGGCAGCUCAGAUGGAUUCCUGGUGGUGACAAAAUAGCUGCAUAUCCCAGCCUCCCUGCUGCCGGUCAACUGCUUGCACAAUCUUGCUGUGGUGUGCGGUUGAGCUUUGUGCUUGCUACCAACCUGUGUCUUUGGGUUGCUCGGGAGCUGUAGUCUGGUCCAGAACAAUGGGAUGCUUUUGGGAGCUGUCAUUGCAUAGCCCAGUGGUAGAGCAUCUGCUUUACUUUCGGAAGGUCCCAGAUGCGAUAUCUGCUGGCAUCGCCAGCUAAAAGGGUCAGGUAGCAGACUGUGCCCCAGAUCCUGGAGAGCCGCUUCCUAUAAGGGUAGGCACAACUAGAUUAGAUGGGCAAAGAACGUGACCUGGUUGAAAUCACCUUCUUGUGUUUCCUCUGAGUAGCUGCAAAGUUUCACAGGAAGGUGCGCAAUACCUAAUUGAUUGUCAGUCUAUCUAUAGUGACCGGAAGUGAGCUUUGGAUCUCUGCGAUGAAAGUAUUUAGGUAGAAUUCCCAAGCAAUGCCAGGGCUAAGGCUGGUAGUCCGUCCAUCCAUCUGUCUGGAAACAAGAAAAUGUCAGGGCAGUUUUGAAAGGUUCAGUCUACCAUCUUGAUUCAAAAUUGCAUACUCUCUAGUUCCCAAGGGGGGGACACUAUAGUUUCCCAGUUCUGACAAAAUGGAAAACUGCUGUGGUUGGAAUGCAUUUUCUGGUUUGUUAGCUCGCUGAAGUUAGGGAAGAGCUAAUGGACCACAAGUACGAUCCGCAGUCUUAUUAAUAUCUUAUUUACCUGAUAUGUGAUUGUCCCGAUGUGGUCCCUGUACCAGCCUUUCCCAACCUGGUGCCUUCCAGUUGUUCUUGGACUACAACUCGCCCUGUACUUGACUGCCAGCCAUGGUUUCUGGGGCCGAUGGUAGAUGUAGUGUAACAAUAUCAGGAGGGCGUCAGAUUGGAGAACACUGCGACAGCCCAUAGAGAAUUGAGAGAAAAACCAUCUUUGUAUCAGGCAACUUCCUGUGUUCUUAUUUACAGCCAAGAAACAGCACAAACAAAACAGAGCAACAGUGAAAUUAGCAGAAGAUUGUAGUAUCAAUUCAUUCAGGUAAAUUCCUGUAAAAAUACAAGUCUUUUUAUACCUAGAGAUUCCAUAUGUCCAGAAUUUCCCAGACAUAGCUGGUAUUCAGUCCGGGGAAAUCUGGACAUAUGGCAGCCCAUGUCGGCAGUGUGGAUUUUGGUGAAUUUCAUUAAAAAAAGCUGGAAAACUUGUGGUUGUUUUUUUUUAAGAUUUUGUAAAGAAAGCUCAACAACUUAGCCAAAAAAUCCUCAACAACCCUAACUAAAGGAUUAAAGUGAAGUGAUUUAUUCCAUGAUAGUCAUAACUCAAAAUAGAAUCAAUGAAAUUAAUGGACAUGGUUAACUUUGAGCCAUCAAUUUUAAUGGGUCUACUCUGAGUAAAUCUGAGUUGGAUACAGCCCUUGGUAAGAGGUAACUGACAUUUCUGAGGAGGGUGUUCCAGAGGUGAGGUAUUUUCACCAAGAAAGCCCUAUCCCUGGUUGCCACCUGCUUGAACUACCAAGGUGGGGCAAGUCAGAUGAGGAUUUGAGUAAACAGGCAGGGCUGCAUGGAGGAAGGUGGUCCUUGAGCUAUGCUUGUCCCAGGCCAUUGAAAGCAUGAUAGGGCAAAAUGAGUUCUUUGAAUUGCUCCUGGCACUGAGUAAAUGGAGGAUGACUCAAUUUGCUCCUGCAGAGGAGUGUUAUUCCAUUGACUGCCGUGCUUUUCAUCGCUGUGAGCAGGGCACCUGGGCUGAAUCACAACAGGCUUUGUGUAAAACUGGAACUUUUCCAUGUGGCCGUCUCCAAAACCACCAGCCUCGCAUCUUCUCUCCCCUAGAAAUGUGUCGUAAUUAAACAAAGCAUCAUCGUUUUCAGUUCCCCCACCUCCGCUAGCUGAGGAGGCUGACCAAAUGGAGCAGGGGAACACCGGACGCAAUGGCAACACCCCAUAACUUUUUGCCUCACAGCGCAUGACUGGGGGAGAGAGGAAGAGAUGUGGAUUUGUUGCUCUGAGCUGUUCUAGACUGCAUUGGCAGAAAUAUUGUGUCCAGAUCAUGGGAAGCAGGGAGACCAUUGUCCUCUAACCUUCCUUGGAGCACUGUGUUCUGGGCGCUGCAGUUGAAGAAGAAAAUCAACAGUCGAAAGUGCCCAGAGGAGGGCAAGGGAGAUGGUGAGGAGCCUGGAGACCAAGCCCUAAAAUGAAAGGUUGGAGGAGUUGGGUAUGUUGUUUAGCCUGGAGAAGACGAAAGGGUGAUGUGAUAGUCAUCUUCGUGGCAGAUAAGACUGUCAGUGGCUACCAGCCAUGAAAGCUGUGCUCUCCCUGCAGGGUCAGAGACAGUAGUGCUUCUGAAUACCAAUUGAUGGAAACCACAGGAAGGAAAAGUGCUCUUGUGCUCGGAUCCUGCUUAAGGAUUUUCCACAGGUAUCUGGGUGGCUGCUGUGAGAAAUGGGUGCUGGACUAGAUGGGUCACUAGCCCGAUCCAGUGGUUUGUCUUAUGUUCAAAUAUUUGAAGGGCUGUCACAUAAAGGAAACAAAAUUUAUUUUCAGCAGGGGUAGGGAGCCUCUGGCUUACGGGCCAACUUUGGCCCACCAGGCCAUUCCCGGAAAAUCACUCCCCACGCCUGACGUCUGACGCAGCAUCAGGAGUGAGGCCAGUAUUGGCAUUGCUUCAAAAGAACAUUUCAUGGUAUCGUAGAGUUGGAAGGGACCACAAUAGUUAUCUAGUCCAGUCCCCUGUAAUACAGGAAUCUUCUGCCCAACAUGGGACUCGAACCCACAACCCUGAGAUUAAGAGUCUCAUGCUCUACUGACUGAGCUAUUCUGCAUCACAGAGGGGUUCGCAUUGAAGCCCCUCCAUUUCAGACUCUUCAGCAAGACUCCUCGAUGGGACACGCCCAGCGUGCCUCCAAAGUUGCUUGUUGCCUGAUGUCAUUGUGAUGUCAUGUGAUUGACAGGUGCAUGGCCUCUGCUCACUUUUUAAAUCUAGACCAGGCCUGCCGGGGAAAAAAGGUUCCCUACCCCUGCUCUAGAAGGCAGGAUUCCAACCCGUGAGUUCAAAUGACAAGAAAGGGGAUUUUGAGUAAGCACUAACUUCUUAAUGGAAGGACCUGUUUCACAGGCAGACUUGGCCCUCCAGAUGUUUUGGGACUACAACUCCCAUCAUCCCUGACCUGGUCCUGUUAGCUAGGGAUGAUGGGAGUUGUAGUCCCAAAACAUCUGGAGGGCUGAGUUUGCCUAUGCCUGGUGGAAGACUCUCCUUUGUUAGAAGUUCUUAUGCAGAAGCUGUUCCGGUUUCUGAUUUUAUCCCGGAAUAUCCCACUUUUCCUUAGUAUUUCCCUAUUUUCACUGGAGAAAUGCUGGAGGGUAUGCCACCAAUCUUAGCACGCAAGAGGGUCUGUAGGAAAAGAGGUGGUCUUUCGGGUAUUUGAGUUGUCCCACCAAGGCUGACGAGCAGACUUUGACUAGCCAAGCUCACCUUAUUUAUAUACGAGAACAAUCAAAGGCUGGGGGGAGAUUUGUGGAUUAUAUGAAAUGUUAUUGUACACAAAUAAACUCAUUAGCAGGAUUAAUUUAAACCAAACAGUUAAAAUUAAUGCGAAAGAAUAGCCAGGGAGUAAUUAAUAAUUGGAGUAAUGAAGUCCCAAAACCACUGAAAGAUAAUUGGAGUAAUGAAGGAGAUAUAGCAUUACAAUUAAAAAAUAUAUAUAUAAGAAACCGCAAAAAGAGUGGGGAAAAGUAAAAAUAUACAUAUUUGUUGGAAAAUAUUAGAUUGUAUUUUUGUCAAAAUAUUUUUGAAAAACUGAAAUGUACAUAUAUAUUUAUAUGAAAAGAACAUUCAGGGAGGUUUGCUUCAGCGCUGCCCCUAUAUAUAGACCUGUGGGCUUUUACAGGAUUGGCUAUGGUAUUGUGUAAUCCCACUCUGGAUUAUUUUAUUUUAUUUUGGGUGUUUCAGCAUCUGAAAUGCGUAAUGUCACAUGAUCGCAGAUCUCUCAGUCUUCCAAGCAGUGUCCUGUGAUAUCUUUUGAGCUAUCCAACGAAGGGGCUAAUGUUAUGUCUAACGACGUUACUUUUUCUUCCUUUUUUAAAUCAGUUAUAUGGAUGGUGGUGGGGAAAUGACAAGUAUUGCUAACAAACCGAGCAGCGAUUUUUAAAAAAAAAGGGGGGGGGAUUGCAAACAGUCCUUGAAGAGAGGUUGACAAAAUAAAACGUAUCUCAACAAACUGGGAGACUGAACUAGAUAAUGUGGCAGCCGAUGUAGGGAGAAAGCUGGAUGGCAUCUAUUAAAGAUGCUGUUGGUAUAGAAUGUCAGGGACCGGCAUUGUACUGGGAGAUCAGCCAUUGUAUCCUUUUGUAACUCGGGAGGUUCCUGCGAUUAUCUGCCGAAGAUACUGUGAAAUCUGUCUGCCAACCGAUCCCUGACUUAGCUGCAGGGUGGAAUUGUAGCAGGCCAGCUCUGAGCCUGAAGAGUGAUCUCCGGAGAACUUUUUUAUUUUUUUUGGCGUUGCUUUGGCCGUGGGAAGAAGUGUCGGAAGUGUCAAUAUUUAUCCAUACCUUCCUUAUUUUGACUGCACAGGCCCGGAGCACGGACAACAUUGAUACAACGGGAGAGGGUCAAGUCCGCUCGCUGGGGAAUGCAAGCAGCAACAUCAAGGGGAAGCCAACCAAGAGGUAAAAUUGAGACAGAGAAAGAGAAAGAGAGAGAUGAAAACAGGCCCAUGGCUGUGUCGCAUUGCAGGACUGUAGGUUCAACCCCCAGGACUGAGAGGCAGUGUACGAUUGCCAACUUUAUGAACUCGCCCCUGCAGCCUCUAAAACAGGCUUCCUCAAACUUGGCCCUCCAGAUGUUUUGAGACUACAAAUCCCAUCAUCCCUGACCACUGGUCCUGUUAGCUAGGGAUGAUGGGAGUUGUAGUCCCAAAAUAUCUGGACAGCCGAGUUCGGGAAUGCCUGCUCUAAAAGGUGUGGCCGUUUGAUCUGCAGGCGCCAUUUUUUAAUUUCUCUGCUGUGAAAAGCUUCGCCUGCUCUUGCCCCCUAUCCUGCAGAUAUAACAUAGAGCAAAGAGACUAUGGUUUUGUUUUGAGUGAGUGUCCACCCACAAUUUAAUGUGAGAGGGGAUGUAUGGGUGGUUGCUGGCUUCAGCCACCCCUGCUGCAAGUUUCUUCCCCUCUCGAGCCACUUUCAGCAUCGCUGCUAGAAAGCAAUGCUAGUAGCAGCGAUGCUGGACAUGGCUUGAGAGGAAGAAGUAUGAGGAUGCAGGCCGAACGGCUCUAAGGGCAGACCCACAGCGUAGAUUUAAUGCCCAAAAGAAUCACGGGAACUGUAGUUUGUGAAGGGAACGGCAGGCCCGUGAGGGGGAAAUGAUAGUUUCUCAAGAGUUGUUGGGAGGAGUCUACAUGUACUGUAAGUGUGCACCGGAUUUGGUUUCAUUGUAUGGCGCAAAUCUGGGCUGAGAGUGCCUGACGUAAGCAAGCUAAAGGAAUUAGGAUGACAGGGAAAAGGCCUGCAGAAAGAGGGCUUGAGGCAAGGCAGGGAUCAAGUGUAGGAUUUGGGGAGAGGAAGAUGCAUGGGCUUCCACAGGAAUGUUUAGCAGACUUCCUCAAACUUGGCCCUCCAGAUGUUUUUGGCCUACAACUCCCAUGAUCCCUAGCUAGCAGGACUAGUGGUCAGGGAUGACGGGAAUUGUAGUCUCAAAACAUCUGGAGGGCCGAGUUUGAGGAAGCCUGGUUUAUGGGGUGGGGUGGAGGCAAAGCAAAACACCCAAAGUGGGGAGCAGGCUAGUUCCUGUCAUACAAAAAUGAGAAGAAUUGCGUGUGUACAUUUUAUCUGAGAUUCUACAAAUGCUAGGAAUUUAGGCUGCAUACGCACGAUACUCUUUUAAACACAUUGGAAGCGCCUUCUUUCCUGCAAAGGCCCAGAAUUCUUUGGGGGCGGGCGGGAGGGAAUGUGCUUUGAGUGUGCUUUAAAGGUACAGUGUAUAUGCAGCCUUAUGCUUUUUUUAAAAAAGCAAGCAAGCUGGGAAUCUUAGGAUUCUGGUUCAUCUAGGGCAGGGUGGGGAGGAAAAUCCCUCUCCCCGCCCCCUGCGAUGGACACCCAUGGGAGGGAGGUUGGGCUCAGAAUGUCCCAAUGGCUUCAUUGCAUAUGGCAGGAGGGUGCUUUUUAGUAUUUUACCUAAGGCUUGGAACUCAAGAGUUAGCACACAUAGCAACAUAACUCAUUCCCUUACGUAGACCUACUGUAUUUUUUGCUCUAUAAGACGCACUUUUCCCUCCUAAAAAGUAAGGGGAAAUGUGUGUGCGUCUUAUGGAGCGAAUGCAGGCUGCGCAGCUAUCCCUGAAGCCAGGAGAGCAAGAUGUGUGUGCACCGGUGUGUGCCAGGUGUGCACCGAUCCCUCUUGCUUUUCUGGCUUCAGGGAUAGCCACGCAAAGCCUCUUCAGGACAAUGGGAAGAACGCUCCCCCUCCCCUGAAGAGGCUUGGCACAGCUAUCCCUGAAGCCGUGGAGAGGCGCUACACAGAGAGGGAGAGAAUAUUUUUUUUCUUGUUCUCCUCCUCUAAAACUAGGUGCGUCUUAUGGUCGGGUGCGUCUUAGAGAGCCAGUCUUAGAGAGCCAGUGGUCUCUUAGAGAGCCAGUGGUCUUAGAGAGCCAGUGUGGUGUAGUGGUUAGGAGCGGUGGACUCGUAAUCUGGUGAACCGGGUUCAAUUCCCCGCUCCUCCACAUGCAGCUGCUGGGUGACCUUGGGCCAGUCACGCUUCUCUGAAGUCUCUCAGCCUCACUCACCUCACAGAGUGUUUGUUGUGGGAGAGGAAGGGAAAGGAGAUUGUUAGCCGCUUUGAGACUCCUUAAGGUAGUGAUAAAGCGGGAUAUCAAAUCCAAACUCUUCUUAUGGAGCGAAAAAUACGGUAUCUCUCUUUCCCUGCAGACUUUCCAUCACACGAGGCCACUUCCCCAAGCUGACCGAAUGUGCUCAUUUCCACUACGAAGCUCUUGACUUUGGACACAUCGAGGUAUGUUUGCCACCCUGCUUUCUUCACAGGGCUUGGGAGAUCGAGGAACUAAAGGGAAGUUCUCUUUCUGCACAUAACUGUGGCAUUAUGGGAAGUCUUGCUAUGGGAAGUAUUGCUUCUUUUCUCUGGCAUUCUGGGAAGUCUCGCUUAUAAUUUCAUUCCAACAAGGAACUGUUACCUUGGGCACCUGAGUCCCUAGGGCAGGCUGGGAGGGAAAUGGCAGGACAGGUGGAUAUUUCUGCCUCCCCACUGCUGCAAGGGGCACUUAAAUUUUCUCUCCCCCCACAGCUGCAGCUUGCACCCGAGCAGAAUGAGAACCUCAGUCACUUGGAGGAGGGAGAGGUGCUGUUUGAUGUGCAGGUCACCUGCCAGGUAAGGGGCGGGGAAGGGGAGUCAACUGGCAAAACCUGUUGGAUUUGCUUGGAUUUGCUUCUUAUAUUCUUGAGUCGAGUUGUCAGCUGACUAGGUAACUGGCAGCUGUUCACCCAUCAGUACAUUAUUUUAUACUGCAGUUAAAUAGGUUAAAUUGGAAAUAAUUUAAAGCAUAAAAAAUAGUUCAGUUAAAAAAAUUUAACAAUUUAACUUGACAGUUUGAAUUAUUUCAAAGCCAAUUACUUUUUAAAAGAUUCCAAAUUGUUUCUAAUCUAUCCAAGGUUUAUACCUGCCCUACACACAGAUCCAGUGCAGAGGUAGAUACUGUUUUGUGCAAAGGGUUUCAGCAUGCUAAACUGGAUGGGUUGGCGUGUUAAGUAGGCAUAAUGCUCGUUCCCAGGGAAUUCUGGGAAUUGUAGCUCUUUGAGGAGGGGGUGUCAGGGGUUUCUGAUAAAUUCUUAAUUCCCUACUGUACUACGAUUACCAGGAAUCAUUGUAAUCGACUGCUAAAUUGGUAUAAAACAGGUUUAGGUUUGUAGGGGAGUCAGUGUUCUGUGUGUCUUGUUUGAUGAUACUGAGGGAAAGGCCUAGUUUCCUUUAAAUGUUAGAUAAUCUGGCCACCCAUUCUGCAAUCUGAAGUUGUGCUGUGCUUCCAUUUUAAUUAUGUGCUGUGUGUUUUGUUUUAUUUCAAUUAUGUAAUUGUAUGUAAUUGUCGUUUCUUAAUUGUGAACCACCCUGGGAUAUAUUUGUAUGAAGGCUGAUAUAAGUUCCGCCAACCUGGAAUAUUCCCGUUCUGUAGUCCUGCUCAGCCAACCAAAUCUGCUGGACCAGGUAAAAGGCCCGGCUAGUCCAGCAUCCUGUUCUCACAGAUGCUUAUGAGAAACUCUCAAGCAGGACCUCAGUGCAAACGCACUCUUCCCACCCUCGAUUCCCUGCAGCUGGGACUCAGAGAUAAUUCCUCUGAUGCUGGAGGGAGAACAUAGUCAUCGUGCAUAUUAGCUGUAGACAACAAUACGAUAAUCUUUAUUGUCAUUGUCCCAUACAGAACAACAAAAUUGAAGAAAUCUACAUCAGACAUUCAAAAAUCAACAAGCCUGCUAUCCCAGCUAUCCCAGCCUGGUUAACCCCCUAAAAACUCUGAUACCCCAUAAUUGAAUACAAUAUACUAACAUAGACACUACCUUACACUGCAUUUAAAACCAAAAUCGCAUUUGGAUAGGAAGUGUUUCUUAGGCGGCUAGUCCUAGUCUUUAUAACCCUGUACCUGUACCUGGGUACCUGUACCCAGAAGGCAGAAGCUGAAAGAGAUCAUUUCCAGGGUGUGCACUAUCUCUGCAGCUUUCUUAUGGCACCCAAUUAUUGUCUUCCUUGCAUUUGUCUAAUCCUCUUUUACAACCAUCCUCGUUUUUGGCCAUCAUUGCCUCCUAUGGGAGCAAAUUUCAGCCUUUAACUGCAAGCUAUGUGAGGAAGGGCUUUUGACGCCUGUCCUGAAUCUUCCAACUUUCAGCUUCAUUAGAUGCCCUCGAGUCUCUAGUGUUAUGAGAGAGGGAGAAGAACUUUUCUCUAUCUGCUUUCUCCAUGCCAUUCAUGCACUUCUUUCAUGCCACCUUUUUGUUUGUUUGUUUGUUAAGUUUUUAUUUAUUUAUAAACUGAAACCAACACGGUUUAUUGAAUUGCAGCAACAAAAACCAAAUAAUAUCACAAGAAAAAAAGAAAAAUAACAAAUUACACAAAAGAAAAAUAAAUAAAAAGAACACACCAAAAAUAAAUAAAACAUAGUCUUCCCUCCACCCAUGUUUGACCUCCUUCCCUUAAUUUUCUUUUAUUCGUAUUGCUUUGUUUUUGUUCCACUCCCAUCCAUUUUCUCAAUAUUUCUACCCUGUAAACUUUAUUCAUUUCAUAUCAAAAUAUUUAUCCCAGAACAAUGCUUUUUCAUGUGCUCCUUUACAAAAUCUCAUUCUUCAAUUAAUUUUUGAUCUGUUUGUCCUCUUAUCGCUGCCGUAUUGCAUUUUCUCUACGCCAAAACAAUCCCAAACGCUGCAACCUUUCCUCACAAGGGACUUGCGGCAAUUCCCUUGAGCAUUUUGACUGUCCUUCUCCCAAAAGUUUUUCCAACUCUAGAAUAUCCUUUUUGAGGCCAGGCAACCAGAAGUGUACACAGUACAGUGGUAUUUCGGGUUAAGUACUUAAUUCGUUCUGGAGGUCCGUUCUUAACCUGAAACUGUUGUUAACCUGAAGCACCACUUUAGCUAAUGGGGCCUCCUGCUGCCACCGCGCUGCCGCUGCACCAUUUCUGUUCUCAUCCUGAAGCAAAGUUCUUAACCCGAGGUACUAUUUCUGGGUUAGCGGGGUCUGUAACCUGAAGCAUCUGUAACCUGAAGCGUAUGUAACCCGAGGUACCGCUGUAUUCCAAAUGCAGCCACGCCAUAGAACUGUAUAAUGGCCUUAUGAUAUUGGCAAUUUUGUUCUCAGUUCCUUUCCUGAUCCCUAGCAUGGGCUUUGCCUUUUUUUUUUUUUACAACUGCCACACGCUGCAUCAGCAUCCCAAUGCAUGUCUGGGAUGUUGUCUGUGUGUUUGGAUUGUGCCCAUGGGCCUUGGUUUCUGCUGUGUUCAUUGAACUUUUGGUACAGAAACCAGGGCAGUUCCAGGUUUGAGGGGUCCCUCAGCAAACAAAGUUUGGGAGACCCAUCCUUGUCAGGCUUACUUGCUGUGGCUGGCGCUGCAGGAAGUUGCAGCAAUCAUCACUGGCAACUGAGUCUGGGAGCCAGCAUUUAAAUUUCCCACAAUGCCUCCUUCCUCCGUGGGUUUACCUGGCGGCAGGGGCAGGCGGCAGCAGUAGCCACAGCAAUGCUCCCUUCAGAGAUGGAACAGCUGGGUCUGAGAACCACCAUUAAAAUUUCCCACACUGCCCCUGAUAUAGCAGCGCUGUGAGGCAUUGUGGGGAAUUUUAAAAGAGUGUGCACUGGGGAUAUGUGGCAAUUGUUUAUAAAGGCCCAGGACAGGUGUUAAUGAUGAACCCUUCCUGGCAUUGACCAAAUAGCUGCUCAAGGGAUGCUUUGUGGUAAUGCUGGGCUUGGGUGGGCCUUGCGAAUGCAAUUCAAACAUUCUCAUUCUCUCUCUCUCUCUCUCUCUCUCUCUCUCUCUCUCACACACACACACACAUAAAUAUUGACCCUGGGUUUGCUCAACAGCUGUCUACCUCCCUCUUCUACCUGCGUGAUUUUGAAUUCAUAGAAGGUUAAAUAUAUUUAUUAAGCCAACUAAAGGUAUUGGCCUUACAUGGAUUUUUGAACUUUUCUUAGGGGCCAACCUUUUGCUUGUUUGUUCCUCAGUGUUUGUCUUUCUCCCUGCAGGGAAAGAGCUGGCAGGUGCACCGCAGUUACGAGGAAUUCCGCACCCUGGAUGCCCACCUCCACUGCUGCAUCUUCGACAGGCGCUUCUCUCAGCUUCCCGAAUUGCCGCCCCUCAGCCACAUGCGGGCCCACCCUGAGGUGACUGUCUGUCAGACAUUUUGAGGGGUGCGUGGGGUGUGUUUUGAGGAGGGUGUGACUAUCCCCUUCCCUAAACAGAGAAUUCCAAGUACUGACUAGUAUAUAAGUUGUCCAGGGAAUUCACACUUCCUAUGGAGACUGGACAUCUUUCUCAAUCUUAGUCUACCCUGACUUACAGGCCUGGCCUAAGACAUUUUGCUGCCUGAGGCGAAGAGCAAGGUGGUCACUCUCCCUGAUAGCACAGUUGGUAGAGCAUGCGACUCUUAAUCUCAGGGUUGUGGGUUUGAGCCCCAUGUUGGGCAAAAGAUUCCUGCAUUGCAGGAGGUUGGAUAGAUAAUAAUAAUAAUAAUAAUAAUAAUUUAUUUAUACCCCACCCAUCUGGCUGGGCUUCCCCAGCCACUCUGGGUGGCUUCCAAAAAAAUAUUAAAAUACUGUAAUGCAUCAAACAUUAAAAACUUCCCUAAACAGGGCUGCCUACAGAUGUCUUCUAAAAGUCUGGUAGUUGUUGUUCUCUUUGACAUCUGGUGGGAGGGCGUUCCACAGGGAGGGCGCCACUACCGAGAAGGCCCUCUGCCUGGUUCCCUGUAACUUGGCUUAUCGCAGUGAGGGAACCGCCAGAAGGCCCUCGGUGCUGGACCUCAGUGUCCAGGCAGAACGAUGGGGGUGGAGAUACUCCUUCAGAUAUACUGGACCGAGGCCGUUUAGGGCUUUAAAGGUCAGCACCAACACUUUGAAUUGUGCUUGGAAACGUACUGGGAGCCAAUGUAGGUCUUUCAAGACCGGUGUUAUAUGGUCUCGGCGGCUGCUCCCAGUCACCAGUCUAGCUGCCGCAUUCUGGAUUAGUUGUAGUUUCCGGGUCACCUUCAAAGGUAGCCCCACGUAGAGCGCAUUGCAGUAGUCCAAGCGGGAGAUAACCAGAGCAUGCACCACUCUGAUGAUAACCAGAGCAUGCACCAAGAUGAUCCUUGUGGCCUCUUCCAAGUGGUUAGAGUGUUUCACAGGGCCUGGGAAACCAGGGGUCAAAUCCCCACUCAGCCAUGAAGCUCACUGGGUGAUCUUGGACCAGCUACUGCCUCUUGGGCUAACCUUCCUUGCAAGGUUGUUGUGAGAAUAAAAUUGUGAAGCGCAUUCCACCUUGGUAUGGAAAUACAGUGGAACCUUGGUUCACAAAUGGCUUACUUGCCAAACAAAUCGGCUCCUGAAUGCUGCAAACCUGGAAGUAAGUGUUCCGCUUUGCGAAGAUUUUUCAGAAGCUGAAUGUCCAACUCGGCUUCCGCUUGAGUGCAGGAAGCUCCUACAGCCAAUCGGAAGCCUUGGUUUUCAAACGGUUUCGAGAGUCGAAUGGACUCCUGGAAUGGAUUAAGUUUGAGAACCAAGGUAUCACUGUAAAUGUAAUAACAAAUAAUGAAAUUAAAUGCUAUCCGAUACCGAGGGCUACCAGUCUUUUAAUUCCAAGAAACUACCCCCACCAUACCUAAUAGGUGGGGAACCUGCUGCAAGUUACUGUGUCAUAACCACUCUGCACAUGCUCAGAGACAGCAUUGCCAAAGACUUCCAUACUUUGGUGCUUCCUAAGUGCCCAUCACCAUACCAUCUCUUCUCAAGUAGUUGUCGGCUUCCGUUGACACUGAAUCAGGGAGCUGAUAUGCCAGUGACACCUUAUGUUUUCUCUCUCCUUUGCCAGCUGCUGGUGCCCAUGCUUUCACAGUACCUGGAGAAGCUGUCAGCCAUUGUGGACAGCAACAUCAACUGUGGACCAGUCCUCACCUGGAUGGAGGUGAGGAACAGUGAGGGUACCUGUGGUGGUGGAUGAUGCAGCUAUAUCAUUUGCAAGCUGAAAUAUGCUUUGUGUAUUUCUUUUAAUUUCUCAUAUAGGAUCUGAUGAAGCACUGUGCAAUAUAAUUGUGUGUGUGUUUUAAGCAGAUAAAUACAAGUCUUAAACAAUAUAUGUGAAAUGCCUGAGACAUUUGGAAUGUUCUGCAGAAAAGUUAAGUAGGUAAUAUUACUACACAGAGUAAACCACUGACGCUGCCAGGGUGCUAGAAAUGUUAAUCUUGCUUUCAAGGGCCCACAGAUACCCAUUUCUGCCUGUUGUGGAAAUCUAGCAGAAAAUGAGCUGGAAGCCCCAUGUGAAUGGUGUGACCUGGUUACUGCAUGCUGGGAUUAGGGAUGUAAGGAGGUAACGAUUUUCAUCCAGUCAAGGGGCCGUCACAAUCAGUGCUGUUUCUGUUCCGCUACAGUUGAACUUCCGCUAAAACCUACGCUAUUCAUCUUGCUAUCCGCUGCGGCUGAAACGUGCGUAAUUAAAUAAAGCAAUUGAUUUCAGCGGAAGGGAAAUGACAAAAACAUUUCAGCAAAUAGUAUAACAAUUUACAUAACAUUUGCAGACUAGAAGCACAACAGUACAGUACUGAAUGCUGCUUGCAUUUGCUCGUGUGAUUUCUGUUCCUGACCUCUGACGAACAUGCAAAGCGUGGGAUUUUUUGCUCUUAUUUCAGUUUCUGAUGGCAUUCUCUAACACCUGUAUCUCUGAAUGACACCCACAGAACAUUCCAAGGCUUCACCCACUUCACUUGUAUUCUCCCCCUCCCCUUAUAUUUCAGAUUGAUAACCAUGGCAACCGACUGCUGGUCAAUGAGGAAGCUUCUAUCAAUGUUCCUGCCAUUGCAGCUGCCCAUGUGGUAAAACGCUACACGGCGCAGGCAUCCGAUGAGCUCUCCUUUGAGGUGAGCCCUACUUUGUAGAGCAUGUUACUUCUGGGUGGCUUUUAUCUUGUGGGUAGACCUGCAAUGCAAUCUCUUUUCAAUUUCUCUACCCAGCUAGGGUGCUGCUUGGGAGCACAGAGAAUUCAUCUCCCCCAGGGAAGAUUUAUUAAAACUGAUUUUUUUGGGAGGUGGGAUAAACCAUGACAGCUUCCAGGUAUACAACAGUCACAGACAACCUAGCAUGGGUUGUGUUCAGCUGCCUCAGAAUAGACUCACUGAAAUCAGUGGGAUUAAGUUCAUCAUCUCCAUUAAUUUCAGUGGGCCUACCCUGACUAACGUUGGCUUCCAUGCCAUGAAUUUAAAACCAGAAAGAAACAAUAAUCAACAAAACAGCUGUCUUUUUAUUUCCUAAAAAUAUUUACAGCCCCCCCCCUCACUGUGAUUUCCAAAUCUUUGAAGAACUCUUUUCACAUUGGCUUGUCUGCCAAGGAACACUCCGUAUCUGCGAUGGAGUCUCUUGCACACUGCAAAGGAUUCUGGGGCAAAACCUUGGGUGCCAUCUUGUUUCCUCUACCUUGCUAGGGCCUCACUGUCAUCUUGUGUGAACCAAGUGCACCUCAGGGCAUGCCUAGGACCCAUCUGUGUCAGCACAUUCCAAGGAAUGUCCUGUUGUGGUGGGGGAUAACUUUUUCUCACCAAUCUUCUGAGGAACUUCAGGGAUUCCCUGGGGACAAACAUCAGCUGCUGUUUGUCAGCAUAGAUCAAUUCUGCAUGUUUUCUCUUUGUUUCACAAAUGGGAUUCAGUGGGACUUUCUUCUGGGUAGACAUGUAUAAAAGAUUGAUAAAAUGUGAUAAUAUAUAUGAGGUACUUCAGAAAAAGCACAAUUUAAAAUGUAACUACUAAAGGUUGUGUCCAGUGUGAGUCCUACUCAGCUCAUUGAAAUUAAUGGACAUGGUGAACUUAGGUCCAUUAAUUCCAGUGGGUCUAUUCUAAGUAGAACUUAGUUGGAGGCAACCCUACAUAUAUUAAUCACCUUCAUAUGAAGUACACACCUUUGUAACCCAGACUCUGGCAGACUGAAACAAGUCCCGUAGAGACUCUGUAGUCAGAGUAGACCUACCAAAAUAAUUGAGUCUACUCUGAGGUACUUAAAUCUAGUAGAUUCAGUGGAUCUGCUUUUAAGCACGGUUAACAUUGGAGAUUGCCCACCAUGGUCCAUGCACUAACAUAGGAUUGUUGUUGUUUUGUUAAUUUGUUUGGCACAGGUUGGAGACAUCAUCUCUGUGAUUGAUAUGCCCCCCAAGGAGGACAGGAGCUGGUGGCGGGGAAAGCAUGGAUUCCAGGUUGGGAUUCAGGAAGGAAGACACAUUGCAUUAGGAGAGAUAUGUUGAAGCAUAGGAUCAGCACUAUGUCUUAGAUGGCCACAUUGUAUUAAAGAGAAAUUUGGAUGGGUGUGUGGGAGUGAAUGAAAGUGUGUGUGUGUGUGUGUGUGUGUGUGUGUGUGUGACUGGACAAGGGUAUGAGUGUGUGCCUGUGUGUGGUGGCUUAGGCCCCACCCAUUUUUUUCUUGGCUUGCACCCCGACUGGGGUGGAGAUGUCCCCCACCUUGAUUUAAACAAGUGUGCUGAAAUAGUGGCAGGCUUUCAGAGAAUUGGACUCCAGCUCCCAUCAGCCCUAGCCAGCAUGGCCAGCGAUCAGGGAUGAUGGGAGCUGUAGUCCAGCAACAUCUGGUGUAUCAUAGUGCCACUCUCCUGUCUUUCUGAAGAGAUGUCAUUUGGGUAUAUGUAGGCUGCAAUGUAUCAGCUGACGAGCUUUUUCUGGCACCGGUUCACUGUUAAUUUUCUGCUCAGCUCCAUUUUAUCAGCACGCCCAUUUUUUUUUAAAAAAAACUUAUAUUUUAGUUUGCUCCAAAAUGCCCUUUCACGAAUUUUCUUAAAAUAUCUGCACAAUUCUGCUUUUAAAAAAAAAAAAAAAAACACCCAGAUAUUCCUUUCCAAACAAAUACAAAUGCCUUUUCGGUCAGUAUCAUUUUAGCACCCUGUUAAUUCGGCAGAGAGGCCUCUUGCAAUUUGGCUUGAGAGAAACCUGACUCUCAGUAGCUUGCUUCAGUCAGCCCCACUCCCUCCAUCACAAUUCCAGGCACCUAGUGUGGCAAGUGCAUGAAUUUAGCCAUCGUCACCUGUCUUGACAGUUUUAUGCCUAUACUGGUUAAUCCAUAACCAGUAUAGAUGAAUUGAUUGCAUCAGAAUUUUUGUUAAUGGCCUGUUUGCCGCAUUCACUUGUGGUGGGCAUAAAUAACUGAGGUAGGGUUUAACAAGUUCCUAAGCCAGGGGAGGGACGCGGGUGGCGCUGUGGGUAAAACCUCAGCACCUAGGGCUUGCUGAUCGCAUGGUCGGCGGUUCGAAUCCCCGUGGUGGGGUGAGCUCCCGUCUUUCGGUCCCAGCUCCUGCCCACCUAGCGGUUCGAAAGCACUCCUAAAGUGCAAGUAGAUAAAUAGGUACUGCUUUCUAGCGGGAAGGUAAACAGCCUUUCCGUGUGCUGCGCUGGUGCCGGCUCGCCAGAGCAGCCUCGUCACGCUGGCCACGUGACCCGGAAGUGUCUCCGGACAGUGCUGGCCCCUGGCCUCUUAAGUGAGAUGGGCUCACAACCCUAGAGUCGGACAUGACUGGCCCGUACGGGCAGGGGUACCUUUACCUUUAAGCCAGGGGAAGGCCUGGUUGUUUUUCUUAAGGAGGCAUAUUUUGCUUUGUCAGUACGUUGAACUCUUCCUUGCCUGCCUCUUUUCCAGGUGGGGUUCUUCCCCAGUGAGUGUGUGGAGCUGUUCUCAGAGCGCCCCAGUCCAGGACUCAAAACAGGUGAGCACAUCCUCCUUGACUUGCUGUGUUCUACCACAUAUGCUGAUUCUCCUAGAUUCCGCUUACUGCAGAAACAUAAUGAUCCCUAUUUCCAGCAAAUACAUUUUCAGUCACUUCAGAUAUUUAUUGGUAUUACUGGAAACAACCCUGGAGCACUUGUGUCUUUCUGUGUGCAGGAGGGUAACGCUGUGCUCUUUCAGAUGCCUAGCUCUUUCACGACACCUAAAAUUAGCCGCCCGAGGCGACUGCCUCACUGUGCCUAAUGUUAGGACCGGCUCUGCACAAAUGUUCCAGAAGCUGUGCACGUGUUCUGAUUCUCCAGUCUAGCUCUCCUUUUUAUUGUACCAGAGCUAAGGGGGUUGUAUAAUUUUUCCUGUCAUGGAAAUGCUGUGACAUGUUAGGCUAAGCAAAAGCAACUGGCCCAGGGCCACGUAGGCAGCUGCAUGGCCUGGGGAUUUGAACCUGGGUCUCCACAAUCUAAGACCAACAUCCAUCACACUGACUAUCCAAAUCAAUCAAACUAUGCAAGUGCAAAAAUGGGCAUAAAUUAUGCAAAACAAAUGCAAAUUUGUUUAAUUUGCAUAACGUAUCUGGGUUACAGUCGUAAGUUGUUUGGAACACUUGGCUGACAAGAGCUGGGCAGUGUGUGUCUAUAGCAGCCUUUAUUGAUUUGCUGCCCUGAAGGUGUUUUGGACUACAACUCCCAUCAUCCUCAGCCAACUGAUCGCCCCAUAUGUUGAUUCACUAUUUUUUGCCCGUUAUCUUUUAAUAUGCACAAUUUGGUACACAAUUUUACCUUGUAUGUACAUUUUUGCAAGCAAUUUCUGCUUAACACAGUGGUUCUCAAAGGGUGUGGCAGGAGAGGGUGGCAAAUGUGGCAGGAAGAUUCGAGGUCAAUCAAAGAAGCAUUGAAACAUUUCAGUUUAGUAUAGUAUAGUAUCUUUUUUUAUUUUUAGAAUAUGGAUAGAUACCUUUUCAAAAUGAGAGCAAGAACAUCAAGUGGUAAAAGAGAACAAUCCUAGUUGUGAUCUAUUUGUUUUCCAAUGCAUUUCCUAUCAAUAAAAAAAUUAGUGUGCUGCAAGCAAAGUUUUAGGUGUGGCCUAGAGAAAAAGAGUUUGAGAACCUUUAGCAGAAUGCCGUUUGUAUACUGUUUUCACAAAUGUAUGCACUUCUGGACAUUGUUUGGUUGGAGAACCACAUCACAAAAUUUGGAGAAGUGUGGAUUUCGACGGAGGUUUCGGUUCGUGUUUGGGGAGCGUGAAUUUAAUGCGGACCAAACAAAUUUAUCCCCCAUUCCUAGUCUGGUGUUAACUGUUUGUGUCCUUCUGCUUCUUCUUAUUUCUUAUUUCCAUUCAUGGAUGGUUUACUAUCCAAAGAUCUCAAAGCAGUUUAUAGUAGAUAAAAUUACAUAAAUAAUAAAUGAUGUCAAAUGAUUUACAUAAAAAUAAAGCAUACACAUAAAUGAUAUCAAUACACAUCAAGUCAGAGAAUACUACGAGGCAGUAUAAUGUAAACUUUUGACCAAUAUAACACAUAUUAUUCAUAAACACUCACCCAAUUUCACCUGCCAUCUAUUUCACACAGCCACUGCAACCAUUGACUUCCUCAACCAUGAUCUCUAUCAACCAUCAUUUCUCAGCAGUUAGACUCCCCUCGCCUUCAUUUCCUGUGUUAGCUUUCCCCAUUAGGAUGUGAGUUGGGUUACUGUGUGAAGCUUUCAAAAAUAAGAGGCAAUUCAUUUUAUUUUAUACCGAGUUUUUUUGGUGGGCAUAGAAAUCUAUCAGGGCAGCUCUCAAAAGUAGGCCGCAGCCGAGAAAUGGCACAGCAGACGAUGGCGAGUAGCCCUGGCGAAGACAUUGACUCACAAGUUAAGAGUGCUAAAGGGAUGGGAAAUGCCCCAGGCGACUAAAUGACAAGGACUGGAAGUGGGGGAGAGGGGAGGUUUAUGGCAGCCAUUUUGUGUGUCCAAAAAAAUUACUUCAUCUUCCCCUCAUGCCCUUGUGCUGUUCUGAUUUGAUGUGUUUGCUUCAGGCAUUGUGGUGGUUUGAAAAGAGAUGGCAUUUAUGUAAGAUUGUCACCAGCCCUAGAAAAUAACUCUGUUUGAAUGAGGUGAAGUGUGGGACAGCAACUUAUGCCAGUAGCUUUGAGCUACCGAAUUCUUAAUCUUUCCUGGCCUUUCAUGCUCUGUGUGUCUUCCUGUGCAGAUGCAGAAGGGAUGAGCUGUGGCAUCCCCGGGCCCCCAGGCCUCCUCUCUCCAACCUCAGGUGAGACAUGGCCCAAUGUGGCCUGCUCAGCACCCCCUAAGCUAGCCUUCUUGCCCCUGGUGUCCUUCUGCCAAUGUCCAGUGUCCAGUCUGUUAAAUUCUGGAUGUGGAAUCAGAAGAAGGCACCAUCUUGUUCUUCACCUCAGGCAGCUGAACAUCUUGGACCAACCCAGACUUAAGCAUAAAGUAAAGGUAAAGGGACCCCUGACCAUUAGGUCCAGUCGUGGCCGACUCUGGGGUUGCAGCGCUCAUCUCGCUUUAUUGGCCGAGGGAGCCGGCGUACAGCUUCUGGGUCAUGUGGCCCCCAUGACUAAGCCGCUUCUGGCGAACCAGAGCAGCGCAUGGAAACGCUGUUUACCUUCCCGCCGGAGCGGUACCUAUUUAUCUACUUGCACUUUGACAUGCUUUCGAACUGCUAGGUGGGCAGGAGCUGGGACCAAACAACGGGAGCUCACCCCGUCGCGGGGAUUCGAACCGCCGACCUUCUGAUCGGCAAGUCCUAGGCUCUGUGGUUUAACCCACAGCGCCACCCGCGUCCCUUAGACUUAAGCAUGCAUUACAUUAAAUUCAUUCUUGAAUCUGCACGCAUGGAUGUGUUUUAAAAAGCAACUUUAGGAGACCCCAGUCUGGGCUGAGAUCAUGGCAUAAGUGGCUGUGUGCUUCAGCUCCCCCCGUGUUCUGUGUUCUUGAUGAAAGUCCUCGCCAAGAUUGCCCUCUCUCCUGGAAGAAAAAGUACUGUGGCAAAUGGGGGGGGGGGGGCUGUGGUUCUCUAGAUGGUGUUUUGCCGCAACUCCCAGCAUCCCUGACUAUUGGCCAUGCUGGCUGGGGGCUGAUGGGAGCCCAUAGUCCAGCAGCACCCGGUGGGCUCUCUGGCGGUGUAUUGGCUGCAAUACCAUCUUCCUGCAGCAAGCAGCAGCUUGGGGAGGGUGAUUUUCUUUGGGAUUAUCACACGUUUGCCAUCCCUGCAUGGAAGUAGCAUCUUUGCUGUCUUCUUGGGCGUUAUGAUGCAGCCCGCAUGCAGUGGCUGUCCUGCAGUGGCUUGGAGAAGGGCCUCAACCCUCUCUCUUUCAUUCUGUUCCAGUGUCCAAGAAGCAUGGCAAGCUCAUUGGGUUCCUUCGCACCUUUAUGAAGUCCAGGCCCAGCAAGCAGCGCCUGAAGCAGCGUGGGAUCCUCCGAGAGAGGGUGUUUGGCUGCGAUUUGGGCGAACACCUCAAGAACUCAGGCAAUGAUGGUAAUUUUGCCCACAGAUCCUUCCUGUUACCGAUAGUGCGGCCUCAUCUGCUAGUAGGAAAACAACACACAGUCCAUUUUAUCUCAGCAACAACAACCCUGUCAGGUUGGUUAGGCUAAGAGAGAGUGAAUGGUACAAGAUCACCCAAUGAGCUUCAUGGCUAAAUGGUGAUUGAACUGUUGUCUGUCAGGCGUUAGUCCAACACUCUAACUGCCACACCACAUUUGGCUCUCCUCUGCAGCGUUGGAAGGGGUGGAAGUGGCCUGUAUGGCUGAGGGUUCUCCUCAAACUGCGUCAGGACUCCUGGUUUGAUUUCUGUCCCUAGUAUGUCCACCAACUGAAGAGCAUUCUGUGGGAUGGGUUUUAAUGGGCAGGAGAGGAUAUAUGAAUUGCCAUUUACCCUUCCAGGUGCCCACAUGUGUGGGCUGAACAGAGCUAAGAGGAGAGGAAAUGACAUCACACAGAGCCCUCUCUAGCUAUUGUAUUUCUAUGGUCUGAGUAUCUGCCCACCCAUACAGUUCUGUGGACUUAGCCCCUUCUCAUGCUAACUAGCAAAAAUAUGCAUCUGUUAGGUUUGGCUGCUAAUCUUUCUUCACUAGAGAUGUGCUCAGAUCAAUCAUGCUGCCAACAUUAAAAGAUUUUUUUGCAGCUUUGUGGCUUACCACUUUCAUUUCCCUGGUCCUUUAUGAGUGCUUGUGGCCAGAGCUCAACCUCUAUGAGAAAAAAUAAAAUAAACCAAUUUAACAUGUUGACCCACGGGGACAACUAGCCAUCGCACUGGCCCUACCUUAUAUGAUUGUUUUAAAGAUGAUUGUUAUAUUAUAUUGUUAUUAGAUAUGCUCUUUGUUAUGCCAGUCCCCCAGGUACUACGGUCCUGCUCUGAUUUCAUCGAGAAGCAUGGCAUUGUGGAUGGCAUCUACCGUCUCUCUGGAGUCUCCUCCAACAUCCAACGGUUGCGGUGAGCCCUGGUCAGGAGGAGCAGGGGUUGUGGGCCGGGUCCUCGUUUAGCACAGAAAGUCUAUAGGCAAAGGUGGGGUUUAACAACCAAAUUAGACGGGAUAUGAUGGCCACAUCUAUCUUACUCCCAAAUGAAGGAGGGUCUAUCCUGUACAUGAAAAGGAGCAUGUGGUGGUGGUGGUGGAGGAGGAGGAGGAGGAGGAGGAGGAGGAAGGAAGUGAACCCUGUGCCUUGUGGCACAGGAGCCGAGACUGGUAGUUCGGGCAAAGUUCCGCCCCAAACAGGAAGUGGUUCACCACAUGGGACAGCUGCAUACAAGAGGGACAGGGAAAUAUUUCUCAGCCUGGUGUCUGUAGCGCCUCAUAGGCAACUUUCCAUGGACUUUAGGUCAGUGGUGGGCAGGGCAAGUUGCGAAAGUGGGCGGAGCAAACCUUUGCAGAUUAGGCUGCAUUCCAGCCAUGCAAAAGUCUGCUUCCUAUGCACACACACCUUUCUCCAUCCAGGAAAGCAAUUGUUACCACAGCUCAAGGAUACAUUCCAACCAUAAAGAGACCCAGAGGCCCUGGGUCUCUCAUCGCUGGCAUUUAGGCAAGGGUUCCCAGUUCUAGCCUUGCUCAGCCUUGCCACAGUGACCCAUCAAUUUAUGAUGUUUACUCCUAGCGCUUUAUGUGCUGCUUGUAAUAUUUCAUUCAUAUAUAUAUAUAUAUAUAUAUGUGUGUGUGUGUGUGUGUGUGUGUAAUUACCAUUCUCAGAAUUUGACAUUUUCCAUAUGAUUUCUUUUUGAGGUUCCUAGUUGUUUUACUCACACAUUCUGUACAGAGAUACUUAUUUAAUCCCACUACUUAAUAUAUGGAAUUCUUAUUGAUCAGUAGCAGCAGUAGUAGCAUCGUUAGGUGUUUUGAAUGCGGGAUUUUAAUUGUCUUGCAUUGAUUCCUUUCUGUUGGGAUUUCUGAAUGGCUGGAAGAUUUCGGUUGAAAUAGAAAUUAAAUAAAUCAGUGCCACGAUCUGGGUUUUGGAACUGGGAGAAAAGUUUAAAGCAACAGAGAGCAUUGUGGUAAGGCGAGGAACAAAGGUUUCAGUCCUCUCCCCUACCCGCUUCUUUUCAUGUAUAGAAUAGAGUCACCCCUUUGGGCAGACAUGCAGAAAGCUGCCUCGUCACAUCAUGUUUGGCCCUAAGUAGGCCAAGCGAAAGGUUGCCUUGCUGUGGGUCACUGUGCAAUUUGUACUGCUUUGUGUAAUUUCUCUCUUCCCGCGGCUUCCUAUCUCCUCCAGGCACGAGUUUGACAGUGAGCGAGUGCCCGAGCUCUCCAGGGACGUCUACUUACAAGACAUCCACUCUGUCAGCUCUCUUUGCAAGCUGUACUUCCGGGAGUUGCCAAACCCGCUGCUCACCUACCAACUCUACAACAAGUUUGCUGUGAGUCUUGCAGACCACCGGGAGAAGUCUCCCACCCACUCAGCUUUCGGUCACUGCUGCCGCCUCUACCAUUCCUCAGCUACCCCUUUAAGAAAUCAUAGAGUUGGAGUGGUUUAUGUAGACCGUCUAAUCUAACCCCUGCUCAAUGCUGGAAAUCCAGAGAGCUAGAAAUUCAGAACUAGAGUGUCCACAACAGACAGCUGCACAGCCACUGUUCUGAAUAUAUUUGAGAUAGCUACCACCCAUUCUCGUUACAAGGUAGCAGAAUGAAAUCCAAGGUGGGUGCAGGCAGGCUUUGGACCACAUCUGAAAUGACCUUGCCUCUCAUAUGCAUCCGCCACACCACAGUUGGGAGGGGAGUCCAGAGCAGGACUCCGAGCUGCCUGUGUACAUCAUUCUGUUUAUAAGUUGCUUUGAGCGAUGUAGUCCUCAUGGCAGUGCAUGAACAUACAGUGGUACCUCGGGUUACAGACGCUUCAGGUUACAUACACUUCAGGUUACAGACUCCGCUAACCCAGAAAUAGUACCUCGGGUUAAGAACUUUGCUUCAGGAUAAGAACAGUAAUCGUGGGGUGGUGGCACGGCGGCAGCGGGAGGCCCCAUUAGCUAAAGUGGUGCUUCAGGUUAAGAACAGUUUCAGGUUAAGAACAGUCCUCUGGAACGAAUUAAGUACUUAACCAGAGGUACCACUGUACAGCGGAACCUCAGUUUUCGAAUGCAAUCUGUUCCAGAAGACGGUUCGACUUCUGAAAUGUUUGAAAACUGAAGCCUGCAUUUCCAGAAGCAUUUACGUCCGGAAAACUCAAUAGGGAAGCUGCGUGGCACGUUCAGCUUCCGAAAAGUGUUCAAAAACGGAAGCAUUUACUUCCAGGUUUUCAGCGUUCAAAAGCCAAAACCUUCGACUUCUGAGACGCUCGAAAACUGAGGUUCCACUGUACUAGAAACAGUAAAGUGAGCACAACUUGUGCCAAUGACCCCUCCCCUUUUCCCUGCCAGAUCCAUCACCUGCCCUGUGUGCCAGGUGAGUUUCUGUGGGCGUCCCAGUGUCUCAGAAACGCCAGCUGUUGUGUGCUCAAACUGUCAAGUGAGAGUUGGCCGUGCCGACUCUGUGUGCGUGUUCCCAGGGCUAAACAAUAAAAAUUGGAUUCGUAGAACAAAAGAGGAAGAAGAGGGGGUGGAGCAGUGGAGUACAAUUACAUCGCCCGCCAACGUUGAUGCCUACACAAUAAUACGUGCAGCAAUUUCUCCCGACUUCCUUAUUCUUUUGAGUCACCUGCUCUUCGUGGUGGGCUAUUUCAGGCUUGGUUAAGCCUGCCUCCCCCUUCCUCCCCCCCCUUCCUUUUAAAUUCCUUUUGGCUUGUAUUUGUGAUACUUUGAGGGACAACAUCCAGGCAUGGCUAGUGAUAAAUAUGAGCUGGGGUCUUCAGAGGCAUGACUUCACCUUCUCAGUCAAUUGAAAGCUGGAGCAGAAGGGAUUGGUGGUGUCGCUAAGCCCACCCCAGGGGUGUUUCAGCCCCCUUUCCUGAAUUCUCAGCUUUCAUUUUAAUAACGACAAGCAAGGCUUUCCCCUGUUACUUGGGGAAAAUAUAAGGAAAAACAUGCAUGCAGUAAUCUGCUUAGUUGCCCGCUGUGAAGUAAACUUGUUCCCACCAUCCAGUGUUCUGGCCAAAGAGUGCAGAAGCACUUGAAUCAUGGACAACUGCUAGGUCCUUCUUUUUAAAGGUUGUUUCUGUAGAUCUCGGAAGUGAUUUACAGCAGGUAAACAUAUAUAAAUAUACACACACACAGAGAAUAAGUGCAAUAAAAACAUUGCAAAAUUAUUACCAUUAAAAUAGGUUAACUACAUAAACAGUAUCCAUGUUCAUAAUUACAAUGAAAUGAGAAUGGAAGGUUUUGUUCCCCACGCUCCAAAAUCUGCUUUGUAAUUCAUUUCUUUUUCCAUAUCACCCUGCUCUGUUUUGCUCCUGUUCAUGGCCUUUCAGCAGCCUCCACACUUUCCCCUCCCUCUCCAAAAAAGAUUGUUCUGUUUACUCUUCAAAUACGCAAGGGCUGUCACAUUGAAGAGGGCAAAGAUUUCUUUUAUGUUGCCCCAGAGGGCAAGUCUUAACCGCACAUGCUUAAGUCAUAGCUGACAACGUUUCCCUUUUUUAAAGGGAAAUUCCCUUAUUCCGAAUAGGAUUCCUUGCAAGAAAAGGGAAAAGUUGACAGCUAUAGCUUAAGUGGUAGGAGGGUCGAUUUUGGUCAAAUACUAGAGGAAACAUUUUGAUCUGGGUUGGGAAAGCUUUACAACUUGCUGGGCCAGGGUCCUUAUCAGGGCUGCCCACCUAUCAAUCACCUGACGCCAUAACAGUGUUAGUUGUAAGACAAGUAAAAGCAUUCCAAGUGGAAGAGAAAAUUAGGAAUUUAGUAAAAGAGGUGGCUUCCUCAAAACAAAAUACCUUAAUUGUCAAAGGCCAGAGUAAAGAGGUGCAUUUUUAAGGUUGUGAAUUCCCCUGUGAUCCCCUGUGAUUUUUGGAUGGAGGACGGCAUGCAAAUUUAAUAAAUAAUGAUGUUCAGAAUAUGGCAGAGGCUGUGCAGUGAAGCUGCCAGGUGCGCCUCUUUGGGGAGGGAGUUCCACAAUUUAGGGCUUGCCGCAGAGAAUGCUCUCUCCUAGACCACCAUUCCCCACAUUUCCCAAGGUGGUGGAACCACCCAGAGGGUCCCCUCUGCUGAUCUUAACACGCGAGAGGCUCAGUAGGGAUAGAGGUGGUCUUUCAGAGGGCUUUUGUCAUUUAGGGUUUCAAAAACUAAUGUGAACACCUUGAAUCGAGCCUGGAAGCAAACUCUCCCAGUCCUUCUCCACAGGGCUGUGCACUGGAUCCGGUUGGACCCCAAACCGAUAUAGGUCAGCCCUGGAUGGGAUCAGGGCUGGUCCAAAUCACCAGCUUAGAGGGAGCUGUGCACAGCCCUACCGUUCCACAAGAGGCCUGGUGACCACACUGACUCCUUCCCUCUGCUUUCCCCCUGCCCUGUCGUCGCAGGAGGCCGUGUCUGUUUCUGGGAACGAGGAUCGCUUGGUGCGAGUGCACGACGUCAUCCAGCAGCUACCCCCACCGCACUAUAGGUAGGCACUGCUUGAGGCGCGAACACGGUGCCCGAGGUGGCUCUCCCAGCGAGGGGAGGGAGGGUGAAUGCAAGAGCCCUUGCAAGGGGGGCGGUGGAAUGGUGUUGAGGGCGGGGUUUGCGAGGGGGCCGGCGGUCCAUCAAAGCGGACUGUCUAGCUGUAGCAGCUUCUGCUCUGUCCCAACAGGACCCUGGAAUUCCUGCUGCGGCACCUGGCCCGCAUGGCUAUGCACAGUCAAAACACCAGCAUGCAUAUCCGCAACCUAGCCAUCGUUUGGGCACCCAACCUGCUGCGGUGAGACGCCCAGAUCAAUGGCCCUGCACUGGCACCCCCCACCCCAACCUGCCCCGUGCCUUCCCUGUGUUGCCACGAUGCUCCUCUGACUUGCACCUUCUCAAGCUCUUGCCUGCAGCGCUCUUUGAAUCCUCUCUCCAUGCUACCCGCAGCAUUUCCCCUGUACUAACACCAGCCCUUACCCAUAACUCUCUGGGGCAUGAAGUCGACCCUUCCUGCACUCAGCCCUGAGGGAUAAGAAUCUACAGCUCUUAAGCACCUCUCGACUUCCCCCAUUUCGUCCCCAGCAUUUUCUGGCACUCUGGCUCAGGCCUCAGACUGUGUGAGAUUGGUGGUGUGUGUGUGUGAAUCUUAGAAUUAAAGAGCUGGAAGGGACCUGGGGAGCUCUCUAGUCUCCCUCCCUGCAGUGCAGGAAUCUUUUGCCCAAUGUGGGGAUCGAACCCACAGCCUUGAGAGGAAGAGUCUCAUGUUCUGCCUACGGAGCUAUGACUCAGGGCUAAGGGGUGUGUGUGUAAGAAGGAGGUAUGUUUUGGCCUUGCCCACCACCUGACUGGGCUCCCCAACCCUUUCCCCCCAGGGAAUGUGAUUGUCAGGUUCCCUACCCCUACCUUCAAGGGAUUGUUGUGGGGCCCUACCCAGGCAUUCCUGUUUAGGGCCUCUAGCUCAGCAUUUCCCAACCUUGGGCCUCCAGCUGUUUUUGGACUACAACUCCCAUAAUCCUCAGCUAGCAAGACCAGUGGUCAGGGAUGAUGGGAAUUGUAGUUCGAAAACAGCUGGAGGCCCAAGGUUGUGAAACACUGCUCUAGCUCAAAGAUGGCUAGCGGGCAGGCUGUACCAGUCCCCCCAUGACUCUCCUCCCUUGCAAAAAAAACAAAAUGUUGUCAUCCUUUUCACUGUUCCUGUGGGUCCCUGCUGUGAUGCCAUCAUGCCCAAAGGGCUUUUUUUUGAUGGUGCCUCAAGGCCUACCUACUUCCCACCAUACUUGGGUACGAUGGCACCCUGUGCAAGGCCAACAUUUGGCGCCCUCCCCCCCCAGCCCCAGUCCUCACGCUGUCUUCCCAAAGGCAGGUAAGGUGGCCCCUGGCCUUGGGAAGGAGACGUGAGGGCUCUGGCAGGGUCCUAGAGCUUUCCACGUCUUUCCGAAAGCUGGGAAAGAGCUAAGUAGGCCUUGGGAAGGAGAUGGGAGGACUCUAGGACCAUGUCAGAGCCUCAUGCCUCCUUCCCAAAGCCCAGCGCCUUACUUAGCGGGCUUUGAGACAGCACCCUCCUCGGCUCAGCACUUAGUGAGUGUGCACUGUUAAUCUAUCCCUGCACCCCCUCUGGCCUUCAGAGAGUUGACCAAUGCAGGCCUCGGCCUGGAAAUGAUUAACCAUCCUUGCUUGAGAGCUUCAUCCAAUACUCCACCUGAGCUUUUACUAGCAUUUAUUCUACCUUCCCCUCUAGCUCCUGAUCUUGACACCUCCCCAUCACUUACCCACAGUUCCCUGGGGUUUCCCUCCAACACCAGCCUCCUCCUCCUCAUGGGGCCCUUUCCACAUUCCACAUGCGCUUCUCUCAUGCUGCUUUGUGGGUCUGGCCCUUCUCAGUCAUGUUACUGAGGGACUGUGCCCUCUGGGUUUUCAGCGAUUAUAUUCUGGGUCUCUGAGCACGUGCUUGUCCCCUCCCCAGGCCCAUCUUACAGGAAAACGCGGCUCUCUAGUAAUCCCUCCUCCUCGCUGCUUUUUACGGCAGGUCGAUGGCUCUGGAGGUUGUCGCACAGUGCGGUGCCGAUGCCUUCCAGGAAGUCCGAGUCCAGUCCCUCGUGGUCGAAUUCCUCCUCAACAACGUUCAGGUGCUCUUCAGCGACACUUUCACCUCCGUCGGCAAGGACAGCGCAGGUAGCUCGCGCCAAAGGGGACUUUUUUCUGAGGCUGCUAUGAAAUCUGUUAAGAAAUCCCUCUGCCUCAUUGUCACAGAAUUGCUUGCUUGCUCCAGAAUUCUUGAAGGAAACCAGGACAGUUCAGGUUGCUUGAAUUUGUACGGUCAAUGGAGCCCUGUUCACCUCGCCACUGUUCUCCAAUCUACUCCCAAGCAAGGAGCUGUCACCGGUUUUCCUUGAUGAAGAGGCCCCGUCCGCACCAGACAUUUAAAGCACUUUCAUACCACUUUAAACAGUCAUGGCUUCCCCCAAAGAAUCCUGGGAGCUAUAGUUCAUUAGGGCUUAGGAGACCCCUUGCAGAACCACAAUUUCCAGAGCUUCCCAGGAAGAGGGAUUGAUGGUUAAACAACCCUGGGAAUUCAAUCCCUAGGGCUGGGAGAGACUCCUGCCUAGAACUUUGAAGAGUGGCUGCCAGUCUGUGUAGACAAAACUGAGCUAGAUGGACCAGUGAUGUGUCUUAUAGGGCAAGGUCCUAUGUUCUUUCUUAUGGGGCCUCCCUAGUUUGCAGGGUAUAAUUCAUCUGGUUGUUGGUAGAAGUGAAAUUAAGUAGAAAUGAACGGAUACAGAGGGCAUUCUGGGAAGUUCUGGGUUGAAAACUGCUUCUGCUUUCACCACUGAGCUUAGAGUUAUGGGAUGAUAUGGGAUGUUACUGGGAUUCUUGAAAGCAUUUCGUUCUUGUUCACCAUGAGGUCUGGCAUAACAUUGUGGGAGGUCCAAUUUGAGCAUUUCAUUAUAUUCAAGGGUGCAAAAAUUGAGGAUCUGAAUAUAUAUAUGGGCUGGCUUCUGGCACCAGGGUUACUAAAGAGGGCCAGCUCCUUAGGAACUGGCUCCUAAAAUUAUCUCUCUGGCUCCUAGAUUUUUCCAACAAUAAAAUGCUCCCCCACUCUGGGAUGGGCGGCAGUGGCGGGGGAAUCAUUCAUGCGCAGAGCAGAGGCUGAAGGCAAACAUUAACUGUUCUGGGUUGUUUUUUUUUAUUGCUGCCUUUUUAAUUGUUGACUCUAGUUUCAUUUGUUAGCUCCUUGGGGGCCUUCAGACAGAAAGGAAGCCUAUAAAUUUUUAAGCAAACAAACAAAUAUUUAAAGAGCCCUGCCAGGAGGUUUGUCACCUACCAAAUGAGCCUGGUUUUGCAAUUUGCAUGGCAGGGGUAGGUGUCAACAAGUCGAAUACUGAUUCAGCUGCCAGUUUCGCUCCUCUAAUGAUUCAAGAAAGGUUUCUUUUCAGGCAGAAUGUACACGUUUUAUAUGUAGUAUGUAUACAUCUCUUUUUAAAGUACCAAAUGUUUUAAAAAUAGUUGCAAAAUGCAGCCGGCCCUUUCAUUGUAGAAGAUGGACCUCUUGUCUUAGGUGGUAGACUGGGAAAAGUAGCAAACUGAUGGUCAUCUAAGAGCACUGUGUCAUCUUUCUUGCUUGGCAUUGUGUUAAAACACACCUGAAUGCUCCAGACCAGCAAACUGCCAAGCUUUUGUAGAGGUGGACACACUAGCUGAUGAUCAAUUAAGCAAGGACAUUUGUUUAGCAGCCCCUGCCUGCUACUUAGCCUCUUAAUUUGUAUGGAAGCAGUAAGGGUGUACUUAGUUUUUCACACAUGAUAUCUCCAUCUUGGCUUUAUUUCUGUAAAAUAAAUCAUGGCACGGAGUCAUAUGUCAUGUGUUGUUGUUCAUCUGAGGUUGCAAUUACCUAAUGUUAAGGAACAAAUGAUUUCUAUGAUGUCCUGAUAUGCAAAACCACAUAAUGCAGAGGGGGUGCGCUUUCUUUUCCCUAUGACUGCAUGCACUCCUCAUGCUGGGCAAGUGUGGGCCUGGCUGCCUAUCCAGACGGUGGGCCAUGAGGCCAUAUCCCUCUUUGCACUCAUGCAACCUGUCUCCUCCAACAGGGCGCUGCUUCCUUCCCCGACCCAAAUCCCAGGUGGUCAGCUGCCCCUCCACCCGAUUGCUGUCUCUGGAAGAAGCACAGGCACGGACCCAGGCCUUAUGCAAGGCUACCAAGCCAGAGGCUAAGCAGGGAUCCAACGAUCUGCAGGGGCAAGGGAAACUUUCUUCUGUGUUGAGCUCACCUGACACCAGGUAAUUGGGCUUCUAUGUACAGGUGCAGUAUACCUCUAAACAUCAGGUGCUGGGAGCGAACAACAAGGGGGUUCACAUCACUUCAAUGCCCUGCUUUCCAGUUGAUGGUGGAGUAAAUAGACCUUACCCUGAUCUGGGGAAGCAGUUCUUACGCUACUGUGAAGACCAUUGUCAGAUUGCUACGUGCAAUGACCCUUCGAGAGCUGAUGUUUCAGAGGGAAGUGGGUUGUAGGUUGUUUUUUUAUUUUGUAACUGCAGUGACAGCAGGCAACUGGGACGGCUCUCUGCAAUCUGGCACAGGCUCGGACUGCUUAGCUGCCGGAGCUGGUGGCCUUGGGCUGACCUGUCUCUCCCACCUGCAGGCAAAAGGCAGAAAGUAAUGGGAGGCUGCGGAAGACGUCAGGUCCUAGCUGGAAGGCCUUCUUCGCCAUUGGCAAAACGCCAGUCACGUUUCGCAAGAAAUCGCACCGCCUCGGAGACCUUUUUGGGCUUGGAGAGUCUCUGCCAGGUGAGAGACCUGGUCAACACCCGAUCGUGGGUUGCUUUCUUCAUCCAUGGAUUUUUGGGACAGUGUGCAAAUCAGGAGCGGUUCCUCCAAUCUGGGAGGGGCAAGGUGGCGGUGAGGCCAGAGUUGUAGUAGCACUGGGUUUGCUCCACACAGCCCAGACCUUGCCACUUCUUCACUCUUCCUGGUAAGUUGCAGUGGUUCCACUGCUGUGAGGCUGUUGCACCACCCUGCUAGGCAAGUGGCGAAAACAUAUUACAGAACAGCAGGGAAGUGUGGAUAAGCCCCGGGUCAGCAGCACUCUUAAGGGCUAGAAACUUGCUUUGUUUUUAAAAAGAAGCUGAGAUACACAGAUGCUCAGUCCUGCACCAGAUAAUAAAUUCCACAGGUGUGGUGUGGUGUGCUUGCCCGGUGUACAAUAUAUACUGCCUGGGAACCUGAAACGAAGUCUUCCAACUAGCAUUCCUCUAUGGCUUUAUAUUUAUUCCAGAGUGGAUAAAGUUUGUUUCAUAGGUGAGGACUGGAAGAGAGAUUGAGACCUUGAGUUAAGGCCCUUUUCAGUUAAUAAUCUACUUCCUUGUCCUGUCUUGCUUCAGGGGGCCAGCCUGAGACUGUCACCUUGCGAUCAGCCAAGAGUGAGGAGUCCCUGACAUCGCAGGCCAGUAUUGCAGGUAAGAGGAAACCUCAUAGGCUGGGACAUAUGGGGAGGUGGGGGCACCAGGGGCUGCCACCAGGGCUCCUUAGGAAAGGGAGUGCAGGAUAUAAAAUAAGGCAGAAUAAUAGCUGCAUAGACUGCCAACCUUCCAGGUGACUUUUGCCUUUGAAACAGGUGUGGGCAAGUGGUGGCCCUCCAGAUGUUGUUGGAACCUAACUCCCAGCAGCCCCAGCUCUCACUGGUCAAAGAUGAUGGGAGUUGUAGUUCAUUAACAGCUAGAGUUCCCCAUCCCUGCUACAAAAACAGGUUGCACAAACCUACCUUUAGACUUGCAGCUGGGAGCUGCAUCUAUUCCCUCUGCUGGACAAACAAGCAAACUGAGCACAGGUCUGCAUGGUAGGUUUCUGUGGUUUUAGUUCAUGGCUUUAAACCUGAUGGGUAGGGAGCCAGCAGCUGGCGGUGCUUUGCCCGUGAGGGUCCUGCCACCACAAUCACUGGCCAAAAAGGUCAUAGCAACAUAAGGAAACUGCCUUGUGCCAGCCAUUUGCCAGACUUCUUGGCCAUCAAGUCGAAUAUUGUCUGGGCUGGAGGACUUGUUGUUGGACUCCAAAUCCCAUCAGCCCCAGCUAGCAUAGCCAAUAGUCAGGGAUUAUGUAGUCCAGCCACACCUGGAGGAGAACAGGUUCCCCACCCCUGGCCUACUCAGGUGGCACCUGCUUCCUAGCCAUGCCAGGUAUUGAAACCAGGACUUUCUGAAUGCAAAGUAUAUGCUUUGCCAUUGAGCUGUGGCCCUUGCAAAGGGGCAACCAUGUAUGCUGAAGCUCUGCAGGAUGUGGAAAGUAGGGCUGGGCGAUAUCUGGUUUCCACCAGCUCAACGUUGCGAUAUACCGAUAUAUUACAAGGUCUGAAAUAAGGAUGGAGCUAUGUAGAGGCACUGGCUGGCUUCAAGGUUUUCCCCACGUUGUGAUUUUUGCUGGCGCCUGCUGUUGUGAUUUGCUGCCCCGCUGCAAGAGGCAGGGAAGAGCUGAGCUGGCAGAGUUAACAGGGGCUGCGGGAAACAUUAGCUAGCUUCACAAUUUCCCCCGCAUUGUGAUUUUUUGCAUUGCACACAUACACACGCAUAUCGUGAUUCACGAUACAUUGCCAGGUCAGAAAUUAUGAAACCGAUAACACAAUAUUGACCCAGUUUCAGGCUUGCACCCAUUGCCUUUCAGGGGGGAUCUCUAACUGCGCACCUGUAUGCAAGCAGCCAGUACCCCAGAGGCAGAAGUAUAGACCAAAGACCUACAUUGGCUCCCAGUACAUUUCCGAGCACAAUUUAAAGCCCUAAACAGCCUUGGCCCAGUAUACCUGAAGGAGCGUCUCCACUCCCAUUGUUCUGCCAAGACGCUGAGGUCCAGCGCCGAGGGCCUUCUGGCAGUUCCCUCAUUGCAAGAAGCAAAGCUACAGGGAACCAGGCAGAGGGCCUUCUCAGUAGUGGCGCCUGCCCUGUGGAAUGCCCUCCCAUCAGAUGUCAAAGAGAUAAACAACUACCUAACAUUUAGAAGACAUCUGAAGGCAGCCCUGUUCAGUGAAGUUUUUAAUGUGUGACAUUUUAAUGUAUUUUUAAUCUUUGUUGGAAGCUGCCCAGAGUGACUGGGGAAACCCAGCCAGAUGGGCGGGGUACAAAUAACAAAUUAUUAUUAUUAUUAUUAUUAUUAUUACCCUGUGUGGUGCUGAGCCUUGCCCCUUUCCUCUCGGAUGUGCAUCUGGUGGGUGACAGUGAGCCAGGGAGUUGCAUGUCCUUUACCUGUGUGGGUUUUCUCCUUUCUCGGUUUGUGUCCUAGGCCUCCCCAAGCUGCCCUGCCUGCGACGUCCACACUCCAGCAGCGAUGCCUUCCCUACCCUCAAACCGUGCCGCUCAUGCUCCUCCCUGGGCUCCUCUGUGUCCGGCCGUGGCGAGGGUCUGGUGGCUGGGGCGGCAGAUGUGGCCGCCCGGCGUCGCUCCUCCUGGCUGGAAGGUGACUCGGAGCUGGACUCGGAGCUGGAGCUCAGCCCCCCUGGCCUCCGCGGCCUGGACUUCGACCCGCUGACCUUCCAGUGCAGCCCCCCGGCUCGGCGGCCCUCGGUCUCGGACGACUCCGGGCCUCCAAGCCCUGGGCGGGCGCUCUCUCCCUGCUCGCCCCCCACGAUCGGCAAGGAUACGUCGGAGCCGCUACCCGUCUCCCUCCCUGAAGAGAUGCUGGAGAUGUUUGCCGGGGGCGAGGCCAGGGGCCCCGGUGGGCAUGCCUCUCCGCCGCACAUGAUCUCAAUGCUGCUGUGUGCUGCUGGCGGGCAGCUGAGCGACAGCUGCGAGCGUGAAGUCCGCUGCAAGAUCACGCAAGCCAAAGGCCGCACGUCGCCACUCAGUAAGUGUUGGUGCCUUGUGGGUGUCGGUUGGUAAUUCUCCUCAGCCAGGGUGAUGUAUCAACAGAGCACAUGGAACCCCUGGAGAGCCUUCAGAGAUUUCCUGCUCCCAGCAGAACAUCUUCCAGAGUCCCACACCAUUCAAAGUAACAAAGUGUGUAUUGUCUCCAGACACGGGAGAAAGCUAAACUAUAGAUAAACUGCUAUGUACAGUUAUUCUGGUCUUGUGCUAUAUACCUGAAGGAGCAUCUCCACCCACAUCCUUCAGGCCGGACACUGAGCUCUAGCUCUGAGGGCCUUCUGAUGGUUCCCUCACUGCAGGAAGUGAAGUUACAAGGAACCAGGCAGAGGGCCUUCUUGGUGGUGGCGCCCGCCCUGUGGAACACCCUCCCAUCAGAUGUCAAGGAGAUAAAUAACUACACAACUUUUAGAAGACAUCUGAAGGCAGCCCUGUAUGAGGAAGCUUUUAAUGUUUGGUGUUUUAUUAUGCUUUUGUUUUUGUUGGAAGAGUGGCUGGUGCAACCCAGUACAAUUAAUAUUCUUAUUCUUAUUCUUAUCUAACACUACUGCAUGAAACCCACAGCCUCUUCCGCUGACUUUCCACAGAUUCAGAGUCAGAUCCUGACAUGCAAACAGUACAUCAUCAAGACAAAACACGCACACAGAGGACAUAAUGAAAGCAAUGCCCUAGAGACAACUAUACAAAUCUCUACACAUAGGCAUAUUUCCUGAACCAAUGGGAAGGUGAAUGACUCAGCAAAUCAUACACCCGGCGUUGCUGGUGUUGCUAUGGUAACCCAGUGCACCUGGUACCCUUAUCUCAGAACCUCCAGCCGUGGGGAGGGUGUACUUCCCAAGGCAUGAGCCCAAGCAUUGUGUAAUUUAACCCAUUGUUCAAAUUAUACCAACAGUAAGGACCGUUUGCUUACUGCUGUUAUUACUUUGAAGUAGUAGCGGAGCAGCCUUUGCCCACCUGGUGCCCUCCAGACUUUUAGGACUACAACUCCCACCGGUCCAGGCAGCACAGCUGAUGGACAGGGAUGAUGGGAGUCGUGAUCCAUCAACAUUUGGAGAGCUGCAGGUACCACAUCCUGCAUUCAUCAGGAACCUCCUUGUGCUCCAUCCUGGAAGAGGAGCAACAACCAGUUAUAAGAUUUUUUGUGGUGCUCCUAGUCCUGGAAAGCUCCUUCACCACCCCAAUGGGAGGACCGGCUCUAAUCUCUCUCCCUUUCCCUUUUUUUCCUAUUCAGGUCCGAAGGCCGAAGCAGCUCCCAACUCCCCCGGCGUGCUGUCUGUGCUGCGGCACAUCCCGCCUCCGCCUCCCCCCAAGAACCCAGCUCGGCUGAUGGCGCUGGCGCUGGCCGAGAGCGCCCACCAGGCGGCGCUGCAGCAGAAGCGCCAGAAGCAGGCUGGUCGCGGGCAGCGAGAACCCCGGACGCAUUUCCGACGCUCCCUGUCCCUGGAGUGCAAGGCGGGAGAGAUGACGAGUGGAGCGCGGGCGCUCUACUCCAUGGUGCGCCCCAGUCCCAAGGCCCCCGGUCCUCCGGCCCUGCAAGGCCAGGCCAGGGGCAGGAGCAUCGGCAGCCAGUUCCGCAGCCGCCAGGGGGAAAGCCAGGUGAGGGCCUUGUGGGUUCCAGAAGCUCUGGGCUGGGGUGAGAACUUACGAGGGCUCCUGAAAGGUGGAACACUUCUCAGACAUUUAAGAGGGGUGUAUUAUUUAAUAGGGACACGGGUGGCGCUGUGGGUUAAACCACAGAGCCUAGGACUUGCUGAUCAGAAGGUCGGCAGUUCAAAUCCCCGUGACGGGGUGAGCUCCUGUUGCUCGGUUCCUGCUCCUGCCAACCUAGCAGUUCAAAAGCACGUCAAAGUGCAAGAAGAUAAAUAGGUACCGCUCCGGCGGGAAGGUAAACGGCGUUUCCGUGCGCUGCUCUGGUUCACCAGAAGAGGCUUAGUCAUGCUGGCCACAUGACCCGGAAGCUGUACGCCGGCUCCCUCGGCCAAUAAAGUGAGAUGAGCGCCGCAACCCGAGUCGGCCACGACUGGACCUAACGGUCAGGGAUCCCUUUACCUUUACCUGUUAUUAAAUAGACUUGAUAUUUCCACCCCAGUCCUUAAUCGUGACACCACCUCCCUUGCUUUUCUCUCUCUCCAGGUGCCUCUCAGCCAGGCGUCCCCCCCAAGCAGCUCGGAUUCCUUUUCCCCCUACCGGAGGGUCCUUGCUGACCUCGCCCAGAGAGACCACCCUUCGCAGUCCUUCUCGGAUCCCUACCACCUGUCCUCCCCGUCUUCUGCCUCACCAGGUGCCUACAGCUUCCGCCACCAGCCGCCUCCCCUGUCUGUGCCCUGCCCUGCCCCCCGCCAGCCUCUAGACGCUUACCCCAUGCCCAGCCAGCCUCUUGCCCCGCCAAAGCCCCCGCCUCCUCCGCACUUCCCCUUAGCCGCCGGCCACUUGCCCCUCAAGAGCAGGCCGCCUGCUUUCCAGGCCUACCUCCCGGACCACCAGCUCCGGCACCACGGCCGUUUCCCGGCUUCCUCCCGGGUGGGGGUCAAUGGGACCCCUCCUCCUCCUCAGCUGGAACACGAAAAUCUCUACUACGAGAUUGUGGGGGAGCCUCCUGCGUACCCAGGCCUGGCCCGGCCCUGGCCUUCCUGCCCUCCCCCGGAGUAUUUGGCCACCUUCAACGCUUCUUACGGGGUUUUCGAGCGGCCAUGGCGCCAGCCCCUCCUCCCCCCAGCGCCCUCCUCCCUCCAGCCCAUCUUAAAGAACCCCCGGGCGCACGCCCAGCCCACGCCUCCCGUGACGGCCCGCCAAGAGCCCAUCUACGUCAACAUACCCUUCCCUGAGCCCCCAUCCACGACCCCUCCGCCCUCCCCGCCACCUGAAGCGGCACACCCCCGGAGCCACUCCGACCCUGGAGCCCCUCAGCCUCUCUCACACCACAGCAGACCUCCCUUGCCUCAAAAGCAGAGGCUCGGCUGGGGGUAUCCGGCCACGGGGCAGUACCGCCACCUCAUGGAUGCUUUGCCCUGCAGCCGUACGUUGUUGCAGCUCUACCGCCCGCCUCCGGCCUGCUGGGGCCGCUCCCCCUACGGCCCGGAGCCCAUCAUCACCUACGACGGACCCCCUGCCCGCCCGGGAAGCCAGGCCUCGGCACCCGCCUCGUCUCUACGGAAGCUGGAGGAGUCUCCGCCGCAGUACGGCAACGUGGAGAGGAGGGAGGGGUCUCCGUCUGGGUGCUACCUGGGGCCCAGCUGGACGGUGUACACAGAGGGCCAGACGCACAGCUACUGCUGAGAAGGCCGCCAGCCUUGGAUUCUCGGGGCUGGGCUCCGGGUCCUUGCCCCCUCCUCUCCCCCACCGGUGUUUAUGGAAUUAUAUUGUGGUACUGUUUGCUGUGGGGAGGGCGCGGGGGGAGGGGAUGUGGGUGUUGGAAGGAAGGAUGUGUCGCUAUCGGUCCCAGGAACGUCGUGCCCAGGCCCCUCGCUGGCUGCUGCGCCUGCCUGUUUCGAGGACUGGCCUGUGGUUUUGUUUUGAGAGCACACAGAUCUCCAAAGGCAGCUGCGGAACCCUGCAUGAUGUCCCCCACACUUCGACCGGCAUGACAUCAUGGCAGAGCCUUUGAUCGCAUUGUUUUAAGCCUCUUUUUCGCCGUAAUGGCUGUUUAUGUUACGCUCCAUGCUACAUCUCUUGUCGUUGUCGUCCCCAAAAUCUCCACUGCCAGCAGUGGAUUCCUAGCACCUCUAGAGGAGGUCCUUCAUCUCCAGUGCAAAGGGGCACAGUGAUGUGUCUGAACCCCACCCUUGGGUGACGUCACCUGGUUUGCUUCGGUAACACUGCACCUAAGACAUCGCCGGCAGAUGAUGUCUAGGGGAGCCGAAUGAUGAGGCUGGCGGUGCUCCUGGAGGUGCAGUUCCCUGAGCUGGCACAGUAGGGCGCUGUUCACUUAGCUAUGCUAUUGCGUGACAUCGCUGGGUGAUAUCGCAGGCUCUUUGAAAGCUGGGGAUGGAUGGCACACUGAUCACUCCCCUUAAAAACAAAAUCGUCGAGUAUUUCCAUCCAGGAUGAGUUCUAACUUUUUAACCGUUGUUUUAACCCCAUUAAAACAUUAACAGCACCCACCCACUCCCCUUUCUCCUGCUUUCCCAGUUCCUGGCGAGACAGCAAGGCACAAGACUCUUGGUUUCUUGCAUAUGUGCCAGGGGGUACAAGGGAUGCUUUCGUUAGAGUAAUGUGACUGGGCAACCUCCUGCUUCCUGUUCCCAGACCAUGUGUUUGUGGCUUUCAAGCCAGGCAGACUUUGGCGUCUCCAGAAACUUCAGGGACGGCAGGCAGGAAAGGGGAAGGUCAGCCACGCAUUUGUGAGUUUACUUAGGAUUGGAGGGUCUUUGUAUAUCGGUUCGCGUGUGUGGGUUUGUUUCUUUUAGUGGAAGGUAAGAUGCAUGUGUGCUUGGCAUGGGAUGCUUAUGUAAAUUUGUGUGUGUGUGUGUGUGUGUGUGUGUGUGUGUGUGUGUGUGUUUGGGAACUGGGUUUGUGUGUGCCUGGGAGGACAUAGAGUUGGGUAUCCAUGUCUAUAUGGUAUGUGUGUUGUGUUGUCAGGAAUUGGUGGGUGUGCGUGUGUAUGCGUCUGUGAUGUUUGUAUAUAUUUCACGGGACAGUAUUUUAGGUAUGUGGGGUGGGAGGAAAGAGGGAGGGGAAUCUAUGCCUUAUUCCCCUUUUGACCAAUCACACCUUGACGCAAGGGCACAGGUGACAAGCCCCAUGCGAUUCCCACUCCACAAAAGCACUUUUGUACGGCCUGUAGGCUUCUUUGGAAUGCUCAUGAUGUCAGAUUCCUUUUUUUAAUUUUAAGGAAGAAAAACAAUUACUGAUGGUGAUUCCUGCCCCCACAUCACUGGGGGGGGGGGGAUGAGAACACUGCCUGAGCGCGAUGCAGACAAAUUGCACACGCAUUUGGGUCCUAUUGAUUUCAAUCAGAGUAAAGCUGAGCAUGCCGUUAACACUCCCCCACUGAACUCCGUGUGACCUCAAAGUCAUGCCCUGCUUUUAACUGCCUGAUCCUACUGCAUGUUUACUUGGAAGUCAAGUUGUACUUGGCUUGAUGGGACGUGCACAUAGGAUUGCAGCCUUAACCUCGUCUUUUCAAAGCCACUUUUUGAAGGUUCUGGAUUCCCUCGUGAGGUUUGGGAUCAGCCAUAUCUGGAUCUUGGCCACCCCAGCUGGCUGGCAUUCUCUUGUGGUGAGAUCCAGGUCUUCCCUCUACAUUACCAGGCACCGGCCAUCUUAAAGCAGAUGAUACUCGUGUAUGUAUAAAAUGAUAUGCAAAUGACUUGGAAAUAAUUCUCCACCUCCAAUAUGGUUUUCAGUGUGAAACGUGUGCCCUGAUUUAAGAGUUUCGGAUCCAGGACUGAUGGACAGUUGAACCUUUUGUUUUAACUGCAGAAACUGCACUAAUCUUGCCCUUUCUUUCUUUCUUUCUUUCGGUACUACUGCUGUGGCAAUGACUUCCAGACUGCCCCAGGUCCUUUACCCUCUUCUAUUUCCUAGCUUUACAUAGGAGCAGUUCGUUGCAGGCUGCUUCUUGUGUUGCAUUGCAAACACGUGUGAGCACAUUCCGAAAAAACUGGUAUCUAAAAACCCACGUAAAGCAUGGUGCUGGAAAUGAAACCAGUGGCCCUGGUCUGUGUUGGGGUGGAAAGUCUUGGGAGUUUUCGCUGCAUAUUUAUUUGCUACAUGGGCAGAGCAGUCCUGUGGCCCCUUGGGAAGGGCAUCUCAGAGGCCAUGGGAAUCAUCUGGUUUCCAUUUCCAAGGAUUGAGAGAUUGAGAGAGAGUUCUGAACUGGGGAGGGUGUGAACCAAAGGAAGUCACCAGAAUACCCCACAAAGAAGAGAAUAAAUUACACCAGCUCCGUAGGGAUGGGGGAGAAAUUUGAUUCAGUUUGCGUUUAGAGCCAAAUCUAUCAGAUAUGCUCUUUCCAAAACAAUAAGAAAACUGAAACAUAAAAAUGAAUACAUUUGUGAAAGAGACAUACAAAAAUGCAUUGAAUUAGGAGAAAUUGUUUGCAGAAUUGUGUGUAUUAGGGCUUGUCCACACAUGCACUUUUCCCGUGCCUAGAAAGCCCAAGCCCAAGAGGUUUUCCACUUGCCCUGCCAUUUCUCCUGGGGAAAACCCGCUCUUUAAGCGUUGAUCUGAGCAAACAUCAAUCCACGGAAAUCCCAAUUGAUGUUUGCUCUGAUUCGACCCUAAAGAGUGGGUUUUCCUGGAGGAAAGUGGUGGGACAAGUGGAAACCGCAUACAAUGAUUAUUCUUAGAAGAAAUCAGCACUAACAUGCGGGUGAAUUUUCAGACGGAUUACUUUUUAACUUGAAAAUUGCUGAACAAAUGUGGAGAACCGAAUUUAAGAUUGGAGAAAAGGAGAAAUGGAGAGAACCAAAAUGGACAGAUCUUUCAAUCUCUUGCCAGUUCAGGAGCUGGUGUGUUUUAUUGCUUUUUUAUUUAAUCUCCCUGGAGUAAUGGGAUGGAAUUAGUUAAAAACGAACAAACCAAAAAGCAGAAAAGGACGAAGGAGCACAGCAGAACCUCUCCAAUCUCAUUUCUGUUGGAUGUUGGAUCAGGCAGAAGAACUGCCUUUAGUCCUGUCCCCCACAACGCAGAGCCUUAGGAUUGCAGCUCAAAUGUCUAAAAUUUGGGGGAUGCUCAUAUUCACAAGUAAAUGCUAAUAACCCAAGAUGACUUUUGAGAAUGCCCGAAUACACAUUUCAGACACAGACAACUGCUGAUAGCUCUAUUUAGAUGUGUUCUAGCCAUGCGCAGCUUUUGCCUGGGUCUGCCGAUGUGCCUAUGUAAAUGUGACAAAAUUUUGGGCGUUCACAGCAGGAUCAUCAUAAAAAUAUAUACCUUCCAUGGGAGAUCAAGGUGCAUAUUGCUGUUCUGAACUUCUGGGCAAUUAGAUUGUAGAUGUAGGUGCAGUUUCGGGGCAACCACUGUGCCUUUCAAAUAUAAUGUUCUGUGCAACCCUGAAAAUGAUUCCUGACCUGGGAGACCGACUAUUCAAUUGUACAUUUGGCAGGAAAAUGGGUGAGACCUGCUUUGGCCUGGGCCCGACCUGCAGCAGAGCGAAGUGGCAUUUAUUUAUCAAAUAGGCUAUCCGGAUGGUUCGCAACCCAUUUCUGAGAUGGUAGAGCGGACUGUACCACCACAGAUUGCAGGUGGGAUGUGUCUGGGGUGUCCCAUUUUUGUAACAGUCCCCUAUGUGGAAAAUCAGAGUGGCCAAAUGCAAAAGAGGAAGAGGGCUCCUGCGCCUUUAAGAGUUGUGUAGCCGAUUUCAGCAUGUGUCGCUUGCCGCACGCACAACUCUCUUGCAUUACAUCUGGGCACUCUAAUGGAAAAAAUUGUAAGUAGAAAGUAGCACAACGGAAAACAGGCUGUGCAAGAAAUUGCCUCCCUGAUGCGCCGGUUUCCUUCCUGCAUUUCAUGGGUAAGCAUUUAACAAUGGUAUUCCCCACUUGUGGCUUGAAGUGGUGCAGUUAUCUCACGCCCCUUGGCAUUCUACCACCUCGUUUUGCUGCCUGCAUGCAAACAAACAAAACACCAAGGGAUUGCUUCCUAUUGUUUCCUCUGUGUGAUGUCUCCCAGGGUCUGGCAUCAAAGGGUUCUGGGGAGGGGAAGGGGCAGUCCCACAAUCUCUGAUGCUGUGAAGCUGUCACUGCCACGUGUGUCUGUGCCUGUGUUUCUAAAGGCCAGCAUUUACUCACUACCCUGAUGUGCUGCAUCCUUCUUUUCGGAUAUGAAUCGACCUCCCUUUCUUCCUGGACUCUUGUACUAAAUGGCUUAAAACAAAACCAAUUAACAAAUAAAGGCAAACUGGCAGCUUGGG